AUGUGGAAUGGAAACCCCGCCCCUUUACAAGCUAGCCAAUCAGAAACCUCGCACGGCAAAGGUCACGUGCUCUUUCCUGGCUGUGCCUUUACCCUGCGAUGCUCGUUUGUCCCUUGUGGCGAUCCGUACUGGAGGCGUCGAGCUGUUUUCUUACUAAGAGGAAGACAGAGGGAUUGUGCCGAUGUGCCGUGUGUUCCGGGUCUGCUUCCCAGGUAACACCGGGGUCACAAUGAGCGGUCUGGAGAGGACCUAAAGCACCGCUACAGCGCGGGAGCCGGACCUGUGCUGGGAGAGUGCCCUGCCGUGCUCCGGCCUCCCGGUAGCUGCUGCUAUCAGUAUUACAGCGGGGGCAGAGCUCUGAUGUAGGCCUAAUAAAUAGCCACCCUACUUUAAUCACCUCCCCUGUGUGUGUAACUCCCCCGUGUGACCCCCAGUAGUGUAACUCCCCAGCUGUAACUCCCCAGUGUAACCCCCUGUGUGACCCCAGUGUAACCCCCGUGUACUCCCCCAGUGUACCCCCUGUGUGACCCCCAGUGUAACUCCCCCAGGUGAGACCCUCGUGUGACCCCCAGGUGUGUGACCCCCGUGGUGCGACCCCUAGGUAGGUCCCCGUGUGACCUCCCCAGUGUACCCCCAGGUGACCCCCACCCCCCCUGCACCUCUCCCCCUGCGUGAGGUGACCAGGUGACUCCCCAGGUGAGUGACUGACUCAAGUGCGUGUGAGGUAGGUGACCCCCCCCCCCGUGUGACCCCCCAGUGUACUCCCCGUGCUCGCUACUCUACCCGGUGAGACCCCCGUGUACCCCCCAGUGUGUGAGAACUCCCGCACUGCCAUCUAUUACUGCCCACACAGAUCUCCGCACUUCACUCAAACUAUCUAAGCACAGUGAGCAGGCUUAACACUAAACUGCAGCAGCUUUAGUAGUCAUAUUGGAGACUGCACAUCUUAACUCAGACCACAUAUUGGACUACCAGAUUUCUACUUAUCUAACACAGCCAGGCUUAUUCACUAAACCAGCAGCUGAGCAGAAUUAAUAAGGAACUGCACAUUUUAGUAGUCAUAUUGGAGACUUUCUGUAACUCAACCAUUUUUUCUUACUAAGACUUGCAAUUCCCUUUUCUAUUUACAAAAAUUCUAAUUUAACGUAAUAAGCCCUGUAUGCCCAUACUGCCAGAGCUGUGCUUGUUAAAGGGACACUAGCCACCCAGACCACGCCCCGCUCAUUGAAGUGAUCUGGGUGCAGUGUUCCAGUCCCCUUAGUUCUGCAAUGUAAACAAAUUCCCUUAGUCCUGCAAUGUAAACCAUAGCAUAUUUUUGAGAAACAAGGUUCUCUACUGGCUGUCUACCAGACAUCCACUAGAGCCGCCUCUGGGAGCUUACCAGACUCUGUCGCCUAAGCUGAACAUCCUCACACUAUGCCUGAGGACAUCCAACUGCAGUGACAGCCCAGUAGGAAAAAUAGGAAUUGAUUCAAUGCUUUCCUAUGGGGAGGGCCGAAUGCGCUUACUGCACAUCAGGUCCCACCCCCAAUUGGAGGAGCUGGAGCGCCGACACAGUGCUGAGGGACAUUGGUGUUGGAAUCAGUUGAGUAAAUAAAGGAGGGGGAGCCAUGAGGUAGGGGGAACCAGAGUUAAAACAGCUUUGUAUUCCUAACAUUAUAGAUUCCUUUUAAAAUCACACACUGUACAAGUCUGUUAAAUCAUGUGUGCAAACAUCCUGUGCCUUGCACAUAAGCAUUGCCUAUUUCCCUAGUUCUUUGCAUGGGCUUUGUGUGCUGCCUGGGCCGUACGCGUGGGAGCCACAUGCUGCCACCAAGCCAUUUGCCAUAGCUCUGUAUGUUAUAAUUGUGAGCUGUUUAAGUUCCGCAUCUGUCUGUGUGCAAUACCCUAGUCAUAACAUUUGCUGCUUAGUGGCCCAAUUGUGUGAAUCCCUGCUUUGUGUGUAGGCUGAACUAUUUGCAAUAUGUCUAUCACAUACACGCUGGUUCAUACUUACACUUUACUCAAGGAUGCAUACAAAAAAUACAUACUUAACUCCUCCAUCUCAUCUAGUGUUAGAUCCCCACCAUGAUUUCCAUGACUUAGGUAGCUUACACAUUUUGAUGGUCCGCACAUAAAGUUUACUAUUUUGAAUUUAAAGGCUGCAGAUUGGAAAUUAAGGGGUUAAUGGAAUGCUCCAAACACCAUAAACAUUACAGACCUUGGUUGUGCUUAUAGUAUUUGGUAUGUUUAACCACAUCCGGCCUUCUGCGAAACAGGACCGUGCGCAUCGGCUGUUGAUUUAUUUUUUUCUUUCACUUUUGGCUCUGCACUGUUUAAUUUAUUUAUUCUUCAAUAUUAAAGUAUAUGUUUACUUUCACUCUCUGUUUUUUGUCAGUCCUCAUCUUCUAUGACUGCUGAUAUCUGUCUUUAAAUACCCAAGAUUUAUAUUGCAAACUGCCCUGCCCUACACUUUACUUCAUUACUGUUCUAAUUAAAGGUUAGGGCUACGAAAACAGGCGGACUUCCUCAUUAGCUCGUUCAACAUUGGGGGCGGUGAUAGGUUGAGAGCACUGUGCUAACACACCCUCAGCCCAUCAUUGCCUUCCCAAAUUGGAGGGAUUAAUGCAAAGUGUGUUUGUCUUUAGCAGCAAAGCAGACAAGCGACCAGGAGAGCAGAUUAUUUUUUUUUUCCUUCAAGCCACUUGAUAAUGAUUUGACACAAUCUGGAGGAAUGGUUCCCACCGACUCCUUGUACCACAGCCGCUCAAUGGUCAUACCAUGACUCCUUGUAGCAGUGUGUGUGUGUGUUUAAUACAUUGAUAAACACAAAUUCACACACCAGUCAAGCCAUAAGACUUGCUUUUCCCACAAAAAUCUCACUUUAACAGUGCUCUCACUACUGUACAGGAUACUGGGUAGGCGUAUGCAAAUGAGCGUGUGUAUUCUCCCCUUCUCCCCCCUUUUAUAGUUGUUGUAGUUUGCACAGCAACCAUUCAUGCCUAAGAGGAACUUGCCGUAAUAUAUAUAUUAUAUUAUUAUUUAUAUUAUUAUUAUUAUUAUUAUUAUUUAGAACGGAUUUGAUUAAUGUUUGUGUUUUAUCAGGCAAUCUAAACACCCACUUUAACAAAUGAUAAUAGAUUUGCUCAUCUUUGAGGACUAUUGGACAUUUUUCUUUUAGAAAAUAAAUCUAACUUAUAAACAUACCUUUCUAUGCAUUAAAACCAAUCACUAUGCUUUUAUGUUACAGGUUCUAUUUCAGUUCAGAAUGUGGCAGAAAAAUGAAAGAACACAGGAAACUUUUUAGUAAUAAAGGAGGUAAUUUGCUGUUGUUGAAACAGUCAUGGGCGACAUCAUUUGGAGUAUUUAGAAAAUUCUUCCAAAAGAGUCAAAAUGUGUUCUUUCGGAAUAGAUGGAGUGUUAUAUCCACUGACUGCGUGAAGAAAAAGAAGAGUAAGUCGCAUUUGCUGAGGAGAAAAGACGUGAAUAUUCAGGAUAGCUGUUGUACAGCAAAAGGAAAGCACUCUUCUAAACGUAAGCCAUUUUACAAUAGGCAUCCAUGCAAGAGUGCCUUUGGUAGAGCUUCAUAUGGAUGUACAUGUAGUAGAAGAAUAAACAGAACACAGUGGACCUCAAAACUGCUCAACAAUGUUAAAGGAGAACCGGUGAUUUCAAAAGAAGAAUCAAACAAUGAUUUUUUCAGUAAGAAUAUUUUGACUUUGGAAGUUAAAAAGGGAGUAUGUCAAACCACUGAACAUGAUGAUGGUGACAAUAACCUUGUGAUUUUCAACAGUUUUAAAAAAACGCCUUCUCGUAUUUUAAAGCAAAGAUGCUUUGAUGGCCUGUGGUUGUCAAGAACGUGCAAUUUGUUUUCUAGAGGAAAGGUACCUUUAUUUAUGAUGCAUAAAAAACUUUCUGUGUUUACAGUUCGUGGUAGAGUGCAGCCCCAGAAACUCAGAGCAAGAAACAGAAGCUUUAAAUUAGUGGACAUUAGCCGGCCGUGGAUUCAGAAAGUAUUCUGGAAAGGCUGUCGUAAAUCCCUGAGAAGCAAGGUUUAUAAAGCCAUUUCUUAUUUGAAAUCAAAGAUUCAGAGACCUGUUCAGUAUAUAAGUAGGGCAUUCGAUAUGAACAAUAAGACGUCAGGAGUUUUAUGCGAAAACCAACAAUGUACAUCCAACACCUCACUGAAAGGUGAGACUAUAAAACUUGAAAGUAUUACAGGCCAGUUGGUGAAUGUUGCAUCUAGUAAACUUAUAUUAAAACCCAACCAGCAACAGCUUUUUGGCACAGUCACACAGUGGGACAGUGGGGAAGCCUUAUCUAGAAAACCCAGUGACGUUCCUGCAUUGAACAAUUGUCCUGACGAUGUACAUAUUUUGGUUACAGAAAAAGAAGUUUCCAUAUCAUGUCAGGGUGAUGCAGUUGCAGAGACAGAGGAAGGUGAUGAAUUCAUGUUGCUGGCCCCUGACAAAUUAAAGUUAGGUGCAAAUGAAAAUGCUGGAUACCAGGAAAACCUUCACAUGGAUGUAGUGGAAAAUGGUGACGAUUCUUCCCACAUGAAUGCUGAGGAAUCUACAAACUCUGAUGUCUGUAAUACAAAGCUGUUGGAUCACCCUUACUGUAAAAGUCCACCUCCUCACGGCUCCUCUCUAGAUACAGCGCUAGAAGCAAUGGCUAAACAAGAUGAUGUGAAGAAUGGAAAGAAAAUUAUUAGCAAUGUCCCUGAUGAGCAACUGGCAUCAUUCCUUUCUGGUAUAUACAAUUAUUUAUAUAACAUUUAGCAACACAUAUGAUGUGUUUUACAUAGGGAAAAACAUGUUACACCAAAGUGCUCUUUGUAUAGGAUGACCAUGAAUGUCACUUUUUUAGGGGUACUUGAAACUGUAAACUGCAGAACGGCAUUAAAACAUUGCUACCCUUUAGGUUGCAAGUUUCAUAAGCAGCUCCAGUUAAAGAGGUAGUAUGUCCGGUCUGCUUAUCCAGCUAUAUAUGUGUUUAUAUGUAUGUGUGUUUGUUUAAAAAAAAAAAAAAAAAAUACAUAUAUCUAUCUCAUUAAGUUGCACUCCUGGUAAGAUAAUGCCUGGAGCAGGUCUAGUAUAAAAUAUAAACAAAACAGAAAAUCUGCACUCCUAGGACUUGAAAUAGAUGUAAUAAAACUUAGCUUUUUUUUAGCAAUAUCCAUAAAAGAGGUCAACAUUUCAGCUCCUAGCAUGUCCUGAUGAAAGCUCCAUGCUAGGAGCUGAAACGUUGACCUCUUUUAUGGAUAUUGCUCAAUAAAAGCUAAGUUUUUAUUACAUCUAUUUCAAGUCCCAGGAGUGCAGUUUUUCGGUUUAUAUAUUAUGAUACAUAAACACCUAUUGCAAAUUUUAUGGUGUAUUAUAUCAGAAAAAUAAACAGGUUGCUAUAUUGAGACUUUUAUGUAAUAUAUAAAUGGAGAUUUGAUAUACACUGGUACAAAAGGAUUGAAACAUCUGUUCUCAAACUGUUACAAUGUGGUGGGGAGUUUGAGGAGAUAUGGAUGGUAAUGUUUAGUGAAGCGAGAUCAGGACUGUGUGAAAGGUGUGAUGGAAGAGUUAAUUGGAAAGUCAUAUAACACACCUGAAUGUGUACAAAAUGUAGAUUAAGGAACAACACGCACACAAGGUUAAUUAAAGGGACUUUCCAGUGCCUUCCUGGCACUGCAGGUUCCUGCAUUGCCCCUCUCCCUCCCAUCCCAUGUUGCUGAAGGGGUUUAAACCCCUUCAGACACUUACCUGAAUCCAGCGCCGAUGUCCCUCGGUGCUCGGUCAGGCUCCUUCCCUGCUCCUCCCCUGCCGAUGUCAGCCAGCAGGGGAGACCUAAUGCGCACGCGUGGCAAUGGCUGUGCGCGCAUUAGACCUCUACAUAGGAAAGCAUUGAAUAAUGCUUUCCUAUGGGGAUUCCGGCGACGCUGGAGGUCUUCAAGCAUAGCGUGAGGACGUCCAGUGUCGUUUAAAACACUUUUCAGGUUUUAAGAACCGGAAAUCGCUCUAGUGGCUGUCUGAUAGACCACUCCAAUAGGCAGUGGUCUGGAGUGUCCCUUUAAUGGUAGACCCAGAUCAUUUCAUGUUAUUGAAUUGGUCUUGUUGCAUUGCCCCUGUCUGUUUAAUCCUGCAAUGUCAAACGUUGCAGUUUCUGAGUGAUUACAUUGCAGGGUUAACUGUCUUUCAUAUUUUCACUAGAGUUGCUUCCAGGUCCCUAUAGGCGUUUUACUCCUUUAACCCCUUAAGGACACAUGACAUGUGUGACAUGUCAUGAUUCCCUUUAAUUCCAGGAGUUUGGUCCUUAAGGGGUUAAGCAAUGUUGUACGUCUAACAUCUUCAUAUUCCCCUUAGAAAAGCAUUGCUUCAAUGCUUUCUUACAGGGAAGCUUUAUUGCUCUCACAGCUCUUGCCGUGCAUGUGAAUUAGGUCCCAACAUCACCUAGUCAGCACCGAGGGGGUCAGUGGCGUACAUACCGGGGUCGCGGCUGCGACCAGACCACCAGGGUGCCCGGCCGCCCUGUGACCUGGUAUGCACGCCAGUGUGGCCACAUUUUGCCAGCCUCUUCUCCUGGGGGGCCCAGGAGCCGAGGCUGGCAGUGGCUUCAGUUUGCCAGCUGCUGGGCGCGCGUGCGGGGAAGGGAGCACUCUCCUCUGAGUGCUCUCUGCCCAGCUCCCUCGCGCUGCUAACUGAUGCCGGAAUAUGACGUCAUAUUCCGGCUCUGGCAUCAGUAAGCAGCGCGAGGGAGCUGGGCAGAGAGCACACAGAGGAGAGGGCUCCCUCCCUUGCGCGCGUGCCCGGCAGCCCAGCAGGACCCCAGGAACAGCAGGAAUCCCCACAGCACUCCCAAAGGUAGGGAGGCUGGGGGAUUAAAUAAAAUUAAACAAAAUGUGUGUUACUGUGUGUGUGUCUGUUAAUGAGUGUGUUAGUUUGUGUGUGUCUGCUACUGAGCGUCAGUAAGUGUUAGUGAAUGUUAUUGUGUGUGUGUCACUGAGUGUGUUUGUGUGUUAUUGAGUGUCAAUGAGUGUGUGUUAGUGUUUGUCUGUUAGUGAAUGUGUGUUUGUCACUGAGAGUGUAUGUUUUGUAAGUGAGUGUGUGUGUCUGUUAGCUAUUGUGUAUGCGUCUGUUUGUGAGAGUGUGUGUGUGUGUGUGUGUUUGUAGUUAAAACCCCUUCAGCACUUACCUUUUUCCAGCGCCGGGCUCCCUUGGUGCUGGGUAUCUCUAUGCCCAGAUCCGCCUCUCGGCUCCGAAUGUGCAUGCACGCAUUCAAACCGCCCAUAGGAAAGCAUUACUCAAUGCCUUCCUAUGGACGUCCAGCGGAAUCGCAGAAGCGCCUCUAGUGGCUGUCAGUGAGACAGCUACUAGAUGCUGGAUUAACCCUCAGUGAAACAUAGCAGUUUCUCUGAAACUAUGUUUUUUAGCUGCAGGGUUAAAACUAGAGGGACCUGGCACCCAGACCACUUCAUUGAGCUGAAGUGAUCUGAGUGCCUAUAGUGGUCCUUUAAGUGUAUCUGCAUGCACUGGCAGCCCUGCGACCAGGUGCCCGCUGCCAUGUGUAGCGACACUGGCCCGCGCAGGGGGACCCCAUGGAACUUGUGUACGCCACUGGAGGGGGCCAUGGAACUGGAAAGAGGUAAGUUGAAAAAAAGGUUUUAAGCCUUUAACCCCUUAAGGACCAAACUUCUGGAAUAAAAGGGAAUCAUGACAUGUCACACAUGUCAUGUGUCCUUAAGGGGUUAAGCAUCGGAUGGUUUGGGGGACCUUUAAAAUUGUGGUGCGUGGAUAUAAGGAAGUAUAUUUGGUCAGUGUUUCUCCUAGCUUAUCCCUGUAAAGAUCAUGCCAUAGCAGUCUCAAUUUGGUUUAAAAAUUACUUUUAUUUGUGUUUUGGUAAGGGAAAAAACCCUACAUAAAUUUUUUAUUUAUUUUUUUUUUAUACGAUUCAUUUUACUACAAUAACAGAAUAGUCAUUAUACCAACUAAUUGUAAAGUAGAGCACCAUAAAUUCAUGUUUAGGAUGAUUUUAAAAAAAUGUUCAGUAUAAGGAUGUUAGUGGUGUAUCUGCCUUGGUACACGUUAUGCUAAUUUUAUAGAGCAUAAAGUGUUGCUUGUGCCAGCAAACGUAUAGAUAUGGACAAAUGCCUAUUAAAAAAUUGGUCCAUCUCCCACCUGUUAACCAGUUCUUUGGCAUAGACUCCUGUGCUUAAGAUUAACUGACACCUCCUUCAGGUGGUCCUCCUGCUCUCCGUGCAUAGCAGUCACCGUGCAUAGGUUGUUUAUAGCUAAUGCUAGUGAGUAAGGAACAGAAUGACUGUUAGGUCAUUGAGAUGCUGACAAUUAAGCCAGAGUGUUGGCAUCACAGAGAAGGUUUGUUAGGGAAUUCUUCCCAAGCAGAACAAAUUAAAUGAGAGAUCGAGUGGAGGUAGAGACCAGAGGAGUACAACACCCCACGAAGAAGAAGACAUGGAAGCACAGGACUGGGAAUGAGGUGAGUUUUAUCUUAAGGUUUUUGUUUAUUAUUAUGAAAAACUAUGUAUUUAAUACAUGGGGAGUUUAUUUAUGUUAUAGUGAACCUGUCACUUUAUUGUUCAAAAAGUAAUGAUAAUUUUAAAGGAAAUUCAGAGUACUCUAACCACUACAGUAUGAUCCUAUAAAGGGACACUCCAGACCCCUAAGGCACUUUAGCUUGCUGUGAAGUGUGUGUCCUCUUUUUUUUCAGUUUGCAAAAAGUGCAGAAUUCAAUAGAAAUUUAAAUUUUUAAAAAUUAACCUAAUAACACCUCCUUGCCUUUCAAGCAGAUAACAGUUUUGGUUACUUCCCAGUUUGGUAAGUUCAGGGGCGCUGAACUCAAGAGGCAGCGAUUGCUCAGAACAUCUGACUUGCAAAGACUUCUCAUUGACCUGUAUUAGGAAGUCUGUUAAUGGACAGCCACAGAAAGUCUGGGUGGAGUUAAAGUGGGAGGGUUUUACAAAGGCAGGAGACAAGAAAACUGCAGGUUUUGAAAGCUGUUUUUAAAUAUACCAGCAAUGAAAAAUACACAAUUACCUGCAUGCAAGCUUUCAUUUGGGGUAUGUCUACUAAACAAUUAUUUUUAUUUAUUUUGUGUUUGUGCAUUGGAGUGUCCCUUUAAUUCUAAAGGUUUUAUUGUUGUGGUUGUGUUGUCUGUGUCAGACCCGCAAUGGCAAUGCGUAUGUGCGCGUGACAUCACGGUAUGUUAGGGGAUGAGAGACAGGAAGUAACAUUACCGGCCCCAACACCCAGAGGACAUGGACACGUGGGUUGAAAAGGUUUUAGUGCCGGGAUAGGCACCCUUCGGCACUCCAGAUGUUGUCGACUACAUUCCCCAUAAUGCUCUUACACCCAUAAUGCUGGCAAAGCAUCAUGGGAGGUGUAGUCCAAAACUUCUGCAGUGCUGAAGGUUGCCUUUGCCUGUUUUAGGGUGUAGGACUGAAGGCAAUAUAACAACUUCAAUAAGUUGAAGUUGUCGUCAUGCCUACAGUGUUUCUUUUAACUGGUGCUCUCCCUCAUGGGCACCGCCAUCUUCUUUCUUCAGCAACUGACACUUAAACCACACGCAGUGUCACCGUUUUGCUCUUGCUUGUGAAUAAGAGUCUUCCACAUACCAGGAUCCUCCAUAGUCAAAUUCUGCAGUGUGCAGAAAGAUACCUAUUUACCACAUCUGUCACUAGGGAUACCCGUGGGAAUUGACAAAACAUGACAAAGGCAGAGUGUUUUAACUCUAGAUUGGACCAGAAGUCAAAGUAGCCCUUCCAUUUACUUAUGUUCUCUUUUGGAUCAGUCAAUAUGUGUAUAUCAAAGACUAUAUCCAUAUGAAAUACUCAGUAGUGAUAUUCUGGUGAUAGAGCCACUUUAAAUAUGCAUGUCACCUGAAACUAAUGGUGAAAUAAUUAACCUGUUUGCCCUGCUUACUUUUAAAGGACCACUAUAGGCACCCAGACCACUUUAGCUCAAUUAGGUGAUCUGGGUGCCAGGUCCCUCUAGUUUUAACCCUGCAGUUGAAAACAUAGAAGUUUCAGAGAAACUGCUAUGUUUACACUGCAGGGAAUAAUCCAGCCUCUAGUGGCUGUCUCACUGACAGCCGCUAAAGGCGCUUCCACAAUUCUCACAGUGAGAAGACGCUGGACUGCCAUAGGAAAGCAUUGAGAAAUAUGGGCUGUUUCAAUGCGCGUGCGACUCUUGCCGCACAUUCGGAUCUGAUGUCGGCAGGGGGUAGAGAGAGCCCGGUGCUGGAGAAAGGUAAGUGGCUCAAGGGGGGCCCUGAGGUUGGGGAGGACCUAAUGACCCUAUAGUGCCAGGAAAACGAGUUUGAAAAAAAAUGUUUUAUGCACCUGCUGUUUUAAAUUUUGGAUUUUUGCUCAGGCACAUUUUAGUAUAAUAGUUGCUUAUCAUGGAGAAAUAUCCAUAAAUAACUGCAUAGAUGUAAUGAAGAAUAUUUAGAUAUAUUUUCACUUGCAGAGUUAGAGCAAUAUAGUGAAUUUUUACUCUAGAAGAAAUUAAAUAGUUUUUAAUUAUAUCCGAGAGAUUUAUAUUUGGUUGUAAGGGUUUUUGUAUUUGUUUUAAGUAGUAACUAAUUUUUUGUUUGUAUAACCUAUUUAAACAUGUUUUUCCUUUCUCUCCAUUGUAAACUUCACAAUUCAAGGUCUUCUAACUGACAUCAUUAAGAAAUAUGGAAGUUUGGUACCGUUGUCUGAAAAGGACGUACUCACUCAAUUAAAGGAGGCCUUUAACGAAGACUUUUCGAACAGGUUUGUUUAUAUGUUGUGACAAUCUUUACGUAAUCUAUAAAAACAACUGAGUGCGUCACCCAAAUUUCUUUGUGUGGUACCAGUCCCUCCGCAUUCAGCAACAAAAUGCACAAUAGAAAUACGAUCCCGAACUCCUCCAUAUAGUUUACUUUUUUAUUUUUUUAUUUAGAGGAGCAUUUCAACCAAUCAGUCUUUGUCAAGCCCAAAGGUUGUUACGGACCAGUGGUUCACAUCUAUUUUCAUGACAAAGGAUGUUUUGAUCCUUAAAGCCUUUUUUUCCCCCUCUCUUUAAGUGGUAAUUUGGAUCUUAAUCCUUCAGUGUACACAUGGGUAUAAUUCACUGUAUUCUAAUGGACGCUAAGGCAUUUCUUUGAUGUAAGUUUAUAACUCUUUAAAAAAAAAAACUUUUCUCUAAACCAAAGUGUAAAAAGGAAUGAAAAGACAGAUCCCCAUAAUCACAAAAAUAUGUGAAUUGGUGAGAACUGUCUUAAAAAGAGCCUACCUCAGAGCUACAAUUUAGGGGGUAACCCAGAAAGAAAAAUAGUUGAAUGACGGAGACCCUUGAAACAAGGGGAUCCCAGAAGUAGCUGCUGAACUUAACAGAAUAAAUAGUAUAGUUACCAGGUGGCAAGUAGAGAAGAACAGGGGGCUGUACUUGUAAGUGGAUAAAAGGGUGAAGGGGAAUAAAUAGAAAUACCCAUAUAUACCCUAUAUAAGCCACUGCUAGUUGUAUUUAAUAGCAGCAAAAGAAUGUCCCUUUGUGCCUUAUUGUAUUUUUGCAGCUUAGGUGUCCUAAUUUUGGACAUUUUUUCUAGUAUGAAUGCUAGUCGUUUUUUUGUUUUGUUUUUUUUUUGUUUUUUUUAACGGGACAUUCCUUUGCUGCUAUUAAAUACAACUAGCAGUGGCUUAUAUAGGGUAUAUAUGGGUAUUUCUAUUUAUUCCCCUUCACCCUUUUAUCCACUUACAAGUACAGCCCCCUGUUCUUCUCUACUUGCCACCUGGUAACUAUACUAUUUAUUCUGUUAAGUUCAGCAGCUACUUCUGGGAUCCCCUUGUUUCAAGGGUCUCCGUCAUUCAACUAUUUUUCUCUAAACCAGUAUGGAUUUUGGAAAUACUCCGUGCCUAGGGUUUCACACAUUUGUUGCAGUUACAUAUAGGAGUGCAUUUUUGUUUUAAUAGUAAACGUUUUCAGAUUUUAAUAUAAUGAUAACCUAUUUUUUUAAUUUAUUUUUUUAGAGAAAAGACACCCUAAUGUAUUUACCUGUGGGGAUUUUUACAGGGUGGAGGGGGCUGUUAAACAGAGUAUAACAUUGCACAACCAAUAACAACCCAUGCUCAGUUUCUCUCACAGCAGUAGUAGAUAGGCUGGAUAUACAAAAAGGAAUGCAGUAGCCAAUCCACAAGGUUGAAGGGUGGAGAAAAGGGUUUAUGAGGUCAUAAAGAAGAGAGAGAAUAAAAGAACAAAAGGGUGGGGGGGGGAGAGGAUCUUUGAAGGAGGCGUAGCAAUUGUGUACUGCCUUUUCAGCCUAACAUUACAGGGACACUCCACUGCCCAAAUCUAAAAUAUACAUAUAAUAAGUGUGCAUGCAUUUAAUUAUGCAUUUUUCUUUAGGGGUAUAUCUAAACAAUAAAAAUGCUUGUAAAAUGUCCAGUCACAGACUUCCCAAUGCAGCUCAGUGAGAAGUCUUUGCAAGGCAGGUGCCCUGGACAAUUGCUGCCUCUUAUUUUGAAAUUAAUAGCAUUUUGAGGGGUUAAUCCUGCCCCACCUCCUUGGCUGAGAUCAUCAUUAAUGACGAUCUGAGUCAAUCUAAUGCUUUCCUAUGGGAAUUCUGAUGUCCGCCAAGGAGGCGGAUUUGGCGUAAACUCCUUUCUAACCAGAGGGAAGGAUGACCAAUCUCCUAAAUGGUGGUUUUAGAAUUAUAGUGCCAGGAAUAGAAUGUUGUGUUCCUGACACAUUAGUGCCCCUUUAACAAUGAAGUAGUUGGUUUUUAUUUUUAAAUUAUUUAUUUUGUUCGUGACAGAUAAUAUUACGCAAUUGUUGUGACAUUGUGAGGGCUUGCACAGAAGCCAGCAUUUGCAUAUUCAAUACAAUAUUUUGUGUUUACGUUGUUACGGCUUACGCAGGAGCCAAUGUUAGCAUGGUAUUACUGUUUCGGUUUGUGCGCUCUCUGCAAUAUCAUGCACUAUCACUUUUUUCAAUUUUAUAACAUCAUCAUAUCGUGUGUUCGUGUCAUUGGCCCGUAGUCGCCGUGCGUAGCACGUGCUUAUGCGCCAUAAGCGUACGAUCUUAGUUUACCCUGUAACCUUUGGGGUAGUUAAGUCGAUGUCCAUUGUUUGCUACAUAGGGCAGUACAGUGGUAUUUAGAAAUAGAGUAGUGGUACGGAGGGGGGUGGGAAGAAAGGGAGGGGGAGAUGUAGGACCCGCUGUCUGGAGGAGGCAGGAGUCAGUUGAAGAGGGGUAGCUGCUAUCCCCUUGAGGGGGUGUGGAGUUCAGGCUCAGGAGUCAAUAUAGUCUUCCCACGGUUCCCAUACCUUGAGAAAGUGUGUGUAUGUGACUUGUACCUGUGCCGUGAGUUUGUCAAUGACGAAGGCUUUUUUAAUGUUGCAUAUUACUUUGUCUAUGUGUGGAGUGUCUACCUGGAGCCAUGUCUGUACCAGGGCACGUCUGGCUGCCAGGAUAAUUUUGUUUACAAGUUUUUGCUCUCUAUUAGGAAGGUUGUCAAUCGGUUUGGCUAGUAGGCAAGUCCAGGGGUCAGGCUGUAUUGGUUUUUUCAAUAUUUCUGUCAAGAGUUUAUUUAUACAAACAAAUACAGUAUUGUCAGUGAAGCACACUUGUAUCAAAGUAAACCAAGAGAUUCUCAAACACCUUAGUGAGUACCCUUCGCCCUCACAACAAACAGAAUAUACAUACAAUAUAAGGUGGAGUGUCUUCUUGUUUACAAUAAAUGGAGCAAUGACCUAGAGAUAAGGUAAAACAAAACGCAUAAUAGUGCAAUAUUGUCUGGAUCCCUUAUAAGUAUGGAGAAAAUAUGUGGAAAUAAACUCACAAAGCUAGAGCUUAUGGGAUAAAGCUCAAUCAUCCAGCAUUGUGGGAUUUGGGUUCCCACUCCCUUCUUUAUACUGCCAGGAGGUGAUGGAUAAUAAGAUGUCCUCUCACAGGUAAGUAUAAAUGAUAAAUAAGUGCUUUAUUAGUAAAGUGCACAAAGAUAUAAAAAAACAGAAACCUUACAGUUGAAGGUAAUCUUGAAGAGAUAGUCUCUGGUAGCAAAACACGUUUCGCCUCUUAUAGAGGCUUCUCAGUUGCUGUAGAUGCUUGCUGUAACUGUCCUUUGUUUAUAGUUGAAGUUCGCGCCAUUUUUUUUCUUCUUAAUUGUCAAAUCGCAGCAUUUUACUUCCGCGUUCCAACAGUGGAACGCAUUAAUUCACUAACUUCCGGUUUCGGCAUUUGCGUUCCAAUGGUGGAACGCAUGUGUUGUAAUUCCGGUUUUCAUAUGAAAGAGAAUGUCUCUCUGUUCUGUAAUGGGUAAUUUCUUGAUAAAAGUUCGUUUUUGUGUUCCAAAUAGUGUUUGCAUGAGAUAACAACAUAUACAGAGCCAAAAUGGGAGGGAAAAAUAAGUGUAAAUAUACUAUACUGAUAUAGAUGGGUAAAGUAGGAGGAAAUGAUCCUAUCACAGGCAAGAAAUGUAAAAAAUAUAUAUAAAAAAUAUAUAAAAUACAAUAGGGUAAUCUUAUAUAUACACAAUUGGGAUUACAAAGAAGUAUAAGAUAUAUAAAAUUGAUAUGAAUAAAAAUUAAUGAUUAAAAUCAUUAAAAAUGCCCCUAAAAUUAAUUUAAAAAAUCCUAUAUAUAAGAAACAUAUUAAAAAUGGCAAACCUCAAAAUCUAAAUUCAGGCCAUAAGGAAUAAGUGUUUUAAAGGUGUAUAUAAAUUUCAUUUCUUCUUUCCCUAAUGUUUUAAUGUAAUUUCCCCCUCUCCAAUCCCGUUUUACUUCUUUAAUUGCACAGAAAAAUAAAUACUCUGGGUUUUGAUUAUGGGCAUCUUUAAAAUGUUGUGAUACACUGUGGGUUUCCAAACCGUUUUUGAUAUUGCGAAUAUGCUCAGCAAUUCUCACUUUUAGAGGUCUGAUGGUUCUCCCCACAUAAAGCAGAUUGCAGGGGCAUUUUAAAAUAUAUACAAUACCCUUAGAAUGACACGUCAAAUGAUCUUUAAUAGUAUAUGGUUUGUGAAUAAUACUUUCUAAAUCUUCAAAAUGUCUUUUUGUUUGUUUAGUCACUCUGCAUGGGAGACACAUACCACAGCCAUAGAAUCCUUUAAGAUCCUGAAUAAAAUGUUUAGGUUUUGUAGGGUUUAAAUGACUUUUAACUAGUAUAUUUGUAAAAAUUUUCGCUCCUCUGUAUAUAAUUCUGGUUUUCGAAGGUAGAAUACUGUGUAAAAUGGGAUCAUCUUUUAAUAAGUGCCAAUGUUUAUUUAAAAUCUUUUGUAUACGCUUAUUAUAUCCAUUAAAAUUACAGAUAAAAGAAACUUCAUUAAAAUCAGUUCGUACUUUUUUUGGUUUGUAUUGGAUCAGUUGGCUCCUUUUUUAGUUUUUCUACAUCUUGUAAGUCUUGAUUCAGAGAUAUUUCAUCAUAUCCCUUUUCCAUAAAUUGUUGUUUAAUAUAAUGGGCUUGUUCUAAAUAAUCACUAUCUAAUUUACAGUUACGGCGGAUCCUUAAAAAUUGGCUCCUAGGUGCAUUGUGUAACCAGGGUUUGUGGUGACAACUAUUGAUGUUAAUAUAACUGUUGGCAUCCACUGGUUUAAAAUGAUUUUUGGUAACUAUCAUAGCAUCUUGGAUUCUAAUAUCAAGAUCUAAAAAGUUGAUGUUAUGUUCACUGUGAGUACUGGUUAAAUUGAUCCCAUAAUCAUUGUUGUUAAGAUAUAAAAUAAAUUCUUGUAGAGCCUCUGUAGUACCGGUCCAUAUGAAAAAAAUGUCAUCUAUGAAACGGCAAUAGGACUCCAAACUCGCCCCCCAUGGGUGUCCUUGGAGUACAAACACUUCCUCCCAAAAUGCCAUAAAAAGAUUAGCAUAACUUGGGGCGAAUUUGGUGCCCAUUGCCGUUCCACAGAUUUGGAGGUAAAAAGAGUUUUCAAACCAAAAAUAAUUGUGAGUUAAAAUCAAUAAAAUUCCUUCUAAAAUAUACUGGGUUUGUUCCUCUUUAAAAUCAGCUUUUUCCAAAAAAUAUUUUACUGCUGCUAUUCCUUUAUCGUGGGGUAUAAUGCUAUAUAGCGCAGUUACAUCACAAGUAACCAGUAUGUUCCCUUUCGUCCAUUUUGUUUCUUCUAAAAUUUGUAGAACAUGAAUCGUAUCUUUGAGGUAUGUAGGGUUUUUGAUAACAAUUGGCUGCAAGAUGGUAUCAAUGUACUCGGAAAUUCUAGUGGAGAUGGAAUCUAUACCAGAUAUAAUUGGUCUACCUGGAGGAUUUGUUAUAUCUUUAUGGAUUUUAGGUAAUAGAUAAAAAAAAACGGUAUAUUGGGGUUGUCUAUCCACAAAUAAUCUGCCUCUUUAUCUGUAAGGAUUCCUAAGUUUUUUCCUCUCUCCACAUACUGCUUAAAUUUUUUUUAUAGUUUCAUUCGUAGGGUUGUGUGUUAAUUUCUGAUAGGUUGAGGAGUCUGAGAGUAUUCUAUCUGCUUCUUUAAUGUAUAGAGCUUUAUCUAAGAUUACCGUCCCUCCUCCCUUAUCGGCAGGUUUAAUCACUAAUUGAUCAUCAUUUUUAAGUUCCUUCAGUGCCUUUUUUCCCUUUAUUGAUAAAUUUUGUUUAUAUUUAUUAGUUUUUUUAAAAACCUCUACAUCCUUCAUCACCAUUGUUUCAAAGGUCUGAAUUGCAUUUGAAAUCAGGUGUCUUUGGAAGAAGUGGGAUUUAGCUUUAAGGGAUGUAUGGACAUAUCCAUCAUUUUGUUCUUCGGGCAGGUUGUUUUCUUUAUUAUGAAAAAAAAUUUUUAAACAUAAUUUUCUUUUAAAUAAAUUCAUAUCAACAAAAAAUUCAAAAGGGUUAAAAUCAGCUGUAGGGGCAAAUUUAAGACCUUUAUUAAAAAAAAAAUUUCUGUUCUGAAGUAAGAGUUUUAUCUGUUAAUUAAAAAUUCCCUCUAAAUUGACAUCUUGCCCCUCUUCUCUCUGUGUUGUUUUCCUCUUUCUUCACUGUCUCCUUCUUCUUCCAAUGAUCCUUGUCUUUUCCCCUGUGUUUCCCACGAUUGGUUGUUGUCUGUCCUUUUUCUUCUGUUUUGUAUUAAAUCCUUCCAAAAAAAAAAAGGUGAUGGCGGGGUGUCUGGAGGGGAUGAUAUAUCAAUAUUCUUUUUUCUUUGUUCUCUAUAUGGUGGACUUAAUUUAUCAUGGGAUUGAUAAGGGGACUCUUUAUUGGGAUGUUUUGGUUCUUUCUUUUGGAUUCCUUCUUUUACUACAUCGCUAUAUUUUCUGAAAUCCUUAUUGUUGGUGAUAGUGUUAGUAAGUUCGUAAUUGGUGCGUGGGUGUCUCCUAUGUAUCGGUGUGCGAUUGUGUCCUAUUUGGGGUUCAGUAACCUUGUUGUAAUGAGUUCUUUUAUGUGGCUGCCAUCUAUUUUGUUCUCUAUUUGGAUAUUUCUCUUUAUUUGUAUAUGGUGAUUUCUUGCUUUUUUCCCAUUUUGUGUUCCUAUCACCUCUCUCUAAUUGAUGUUGGGUGAUGAAUGGGCGUUGAGAGUAGGUGCUCCUAACAUAUUGGUGUUUUUGAAACUGGGUAUUUUAGCGUGUAUUAUUCUUUUUGUUAUCCCUUACAUUGCCGGUCUCGUAAUCAGUUAUAUCUCUUAGAUAUUUUUUCUUUUUAAUUUCUAUAGUAUCCAAUUCAAUUUUAUCUACUUUGGAUUGGAUUUCUUUUAAGAUGGUAUUGUAAAUUUCUGGACUUGUAGAUUCUGCCAGAGAAUCUUUCCAUUUGUUUAUUUCUUCGUCAAGUUUAGGGAGGGUUUCUUCUCUUCUUGCCACAAUGUAACCCAUUGUGCUGAAUGAGAAACAGUCUAGAAGUUUGUCCCAACCAGCCAUAAAAUGGGGAUCUUCCCUGUCAAAACUUGGGUCCUUAUAGAACCUUAGUCCUCUGGGAGUAAUCUGGUCUCGAACAUAUUUUUUAAGGGUUGCAAUUUCCCAUUUUACCUUCAUCUCUUUUAUAAGGCUUUUCUCUAGGUUAUAUCUAGAUUUAUUGUUAUCACUAUAUUGUGGAACAGGGUUUUGUCCUGUAAUUGUUUCAAAACAGGCAUCAAUAUUAUUUGUACGAUAUUCUCUAUUAACCAAGAAAGACAUAGUGUGAUAAUUACUAAAAAUACUGAGAAGGGAAUUGUAUAUAAAAUAUACAGUAUGAUACAAAAAUACAAACAAAUACAGUAUUGUCAGUGAAGCACACUUGUCAAGAAAUUACCCAUUACAGAACAGAGACACAUUCUCUUUCAUAUGAAAACCGGAAUUACAACACAUGCGUUCCACCGUUGGAACGCAAAUGCCGAAACCGGAAGUUAGUGAAUUAAUGCGUUCCACUGUUGGAACGUGGAAGUAAAAUGCAGCGAUUUGACAAUUAAGGAGAAAAAAAACGUCGUGAACUUCAACUAUAAACAAAGGACAGUUACAGCAAGCACCUACAGCAACUGAGGAAGCCUCUAUAAGAGGCGAAACGCGUUUUGCUACCAGAGACUAUCUCUUCAAGAUUACCUUCAACUGUAAGGUUUCUGUUUUUUUAUAUUUUUGUGCACUUUACUAAUAAAGCACUUAUUUAUCAUUUAUACUUACCUGUGAGAGGACAUCUUAUUAUCCAUCACCUCCUGGCAGUAUAAAGAAGGGAGUGGGAACCCAAAUCCCACAAUGCUGGAUGAUUGAGCUUUAUCCCAUAAGCUCUAGCUUUGUGAGUUUAUUUCCACAUAUUUUCUCCAUACUUAUAAGGGAUCCAGACAAUAUUGCACUAUUAUGCGUUUUGUUUUACCUUAUCUCUAGGUCAUUGCUCCAUUUAUUGUAAACAAGAAGACACUCCACCUUAUAUUGUAUGUAUAAAGAGUUUAUUUAUGUUUUCCCAGUAUUGGGAAACUUUCGGGCAAGUCCACCACAUGUGGAAGUAGGUACCCUUGCCCCCACAGCCUCUCCAGCACAGAUCUGAGGGUGUUUUACCCAUUCUGUGUAAUUUGACGGGGGUGGUGUACCACCUCAUCAGCGUUUCGUAACACUGUUCUUGGUGAAUGACGCAUAUUGAGGACUUGGUAGCUGCUUCCCAUAUGUCUUGCCAAUCCCCACUAUCUAGGGUUUGUUGGAGUUCAGCUUCCCACUGCAAUAUGCUAGAGGGUGUUUGGGAUUCUUUUGUGGGUGCACUUAGUUGCUCAUAUAAACGAGUGAUGAGGCUGGCACGUGGUCCAUCGGACAUACAUAAUGUUUCAUAAAACGUGGGCUUUACUUCAGCCGCUGCUGCUAUGUUGGGUUUCUUAGCAAAUCUCAAAGUUGGAUCUAUCGAAAGUAGUCUUUGUUGGUUAGAGGGGCCCUGGUUUUUAGGUUAUCAAAGGUGUGAAAUGUACCAUCCUGAAAUAGGUGGCAGUAGCGUUGUGCUCCCGUGUUCUCAAGGCCUCGGAAGUCCACAGGGGUCAUGCCUGGGGGGGAAAGGCUUUGUUUCGGAGGUAAGGUGUCAGUGGUGAGAUAGGGGGUGUGUGUGAGAGGAUAUUUGUGUGCUGUAGCAUUCCAGAUCCGAAUUGAGUUUAGGAUGGCAGGGCAGGAGGUAUGUAGCUCUGGGCGGUCGGGUCUCGGAACCCAUAUCCAGUACUGGGGUAGGUCGGUGCUCAUAAGGUGUGUUUCUAGGUUAACCCAUCUGUGUGUGUCUGGUGGUGAGUGCCAUUCUAUGAUUUUUGCUAGGUGAGCUGCCAGGUAGUAGAGGUAUAGGUUCGGGAGCCUUAGACCCCCCUGGUCAUUUUCUUCUUGCACUUAUCCCACAGGGGAAGUGAUAGGGUGGUCGUGGGCAGCAUGGUGGUGUACUUUUGGUCUUUGUGAUUUUGGUUGCCAAGCCAGUGUCAAUAAAGAGUUGCCGUCUGAGUGGCUUUUCUCUAGGUUGAGCCAUGUUGCUUGUUCUCGUUGGUGGGGAAUGGCCAGUAGUGGUGCUAUGUGGGCCGCUCGGUAGUAUCCUGCUACGUCUGGCAUGCCCAUUCCUCCUUUGUUGAACUGCUUGUACAUGGUAUCCUUCGCAACCCGUGUUUUUUUUUUAUUUUCCCAUACAUAGUUGUUGAGCAGAUUUUGGAGGUCAUGCAGGUAUGUCUUCGGGAGUUUGAUUGGGAGUGUUCGAAGUAAGUAUUGAAUUUUGGGUAGGAUUAUCAUUUUUAUUGAUGCUAUUUGUCCCGCCCAUGAGAUGUACUUUCCCCCCCAGUCUUGCAAUAUAUUUUGGAUUUCGCCUCUAAGUUUAAUGUAGUUUGCUUUGUAUAGCUUGGAGGGUGUGGGUGUGAAGUUUAUGCCCAGGAAUUUUUUGCCAUCUUGCCUCCAGUCGUAGUUGAAGUUGGCUUGUAGGUGUUGCAUGUCCUGUGCACAGAUGUUAACUCCUGUUGCGAGAGUUUUUGUUAUAUUCAGUUUGUAGUAGGAGCAGUGGCUGUAUUGGGUGAGAAUUUUAUGGAAGUUUGGGAGGGAUAUGUGUGGGUGUUCUAAAGUGAGGAGGAUGUCGUCCGCGAAUAGUGACAUUUUAUAUUCCUGUCACUUGGUCCAAACUCCGUGGAUGUUUGGGUCCUCCCGUAUUCGUUGGAUCAUUGUUUCCAAUGCCAGUAUAUAAAGCAGCGGGGAGAGUGGGCAUCCCUGUCUGGAGCCAUUGGAUAUUGAGAGGGGUUUGGAGAUGAAUCCCCCGUUCACUACUUUUGCAGUCGGGGAGGAGUAGAGUGCUGUAAUUAAUGUCAGGAACCCGGGUGGGAACUCGAACUUCCAGAGGACUGCCAUUAGAAAGUGCCAAUUUUAGCCUAUCGAAGGCUUUUUCUGCAUCUAACGACAACACGAUCCUCGGAAUUUUCUCCUUCUUUAUUUCAUAUAGAAGGUUCAGUAUUUUGCAUGUGCCGUCUGCUCCUUGUCUGCCGCCCACGAAACCUACCUGGUCUUCUUUGAUAAGUGUUGGGAUAACUUGUGCUAACCUGUUGGAAAAGAUUUUGGCUAAGAGUUUGACGUCUGUGUUUAGUAGAGAUAUGGGUCUGAGAUUCUGGCUUUUGUUGAGUGGUUUGCCCGGUUUAGGGAGGGUGGCCACAUGUGCCAUCAGCAUUUCUGUGUCUAUGGUUCUGGAUGUGAGGAUUUGGGUAUAUAGUUUUUGUAGGUGUGGGGCUAGGAUUGUUGCGAAUUUUUUAUAGUAAAGGUUAGUCAAGCCAUCUGGGCCUGGUGAUUUCCCCGGCAGGAGUGCUUGAAUCGAAUCCUUUAUUUCUUGUAUCGUGACGGGGUUUUGUAUUGUUUGUUUGUGGGUGGCCGAUAUCUUGGGUAGCGUGGUCGUUUGGAGGAAGUCAUCAAUUUCUUGUUUCGUGGGUUGUUAUACUUUAGGAUCAUUCCUUAGAUUAUAAAGUUUAUGGUAGUAGUCAGCCUUCUCAUCACUGAUAUCAUGAGGAUUGUGGAUUUUGUCACCUGUUUGAGAGAUCAAGUAUGGGAUUUUGGAGUUGGCUUGUUUUUGCUUUAACAUUGUCGCCAGAUGUUUCCCAGCUUUGUUGCCUUGAGCGUAUGUUUUCAGCUUUAAUUUAGUUAGCAUGUAGGCUGUUUUAUUUAGGGUUAGGUCGUUAAUCUUUUUAGUAGUUUCUGCAAUGCUUUUGGCUAGUUGUUCUGAGGGAUGCAGAACGUGCGCGUUUGUCAACUCUCGCAGGUGUCUCAGGAGGUCUGUGUUCUUUUUCCUGCUUCCUCUUAAGGUAGGAUGCGCGGCUUAUGAGUACUCCCCUCAUGACUGUUUUGUGGGCUUGCCAGAUGGACGCGGCUGAGACUUCUUUGGAAUCCUUGAGCUCAAAGUAUUCUUGUAGGGUUUGUGUGAGCUGGUUUGUAAACUUUGUGUCAUUUAGUAGUGAAUCAUUUAAGCGCCACGGGGGUUUUCCUCGGUGUUGGUAGUGGUUUUGCAUGGUUAGGGUGAUUGGCUCAUGUUCCGACCAUACAAUAUUACCUAUAGUACAUUUCUUGAUCUGUGGAAGAAGUGUGCCUGACACCAGGAUGUAGUCUAUUCUGGAGUAGGUUUGGUGGACUUGUGAGUGGAAUGUAUAUUCUUUUGUCGUUGGAUGUAUUGUCCUCCAGACAUCGUAUAGGCCCUGAGUGUGUAUUAGUUUUGUGAAUGCCUUGUUGCGCUGUUUGAGCGUGUGGUGUCUGUUAGACGUGGCAGGAAUUGUUGUGUCUAGUCGAGAGUCCAUUGUGUGGUUGAAGUCCCCGCAAAUCAAUAUAGGGGCAUUUGUGUUGUUUGGUAUUUUACUGAGUACUUUGUGCAGGAAGUUGCGUUGUUGGUCAUUUGGGCUGUAAAUGCCUACAAGCAUUAUGGGAAUAUUAUUUAUUAGGCAGUGUAGGAUUACGAAUCGCCCUUGGCUAUCUUUUUUUCGAUUGGAGCUGUUCUACUGUUAGGGAGUUGUGGAACAGGAGGGAUACCCCUCUGGAUUUUGGUGUGUGUGUGGCGUGAAAUUGAAGCGGGUAGUCUUUUGUGGCGAAUGCAGGAGUCCUAUUUGUUACAAAGUGGGUUUCCUGAAUGCAGACAAUGUCUGCUUUGUUUCGUUUUAGGUCCUCUAGUAGUACCCGUCUUUUGUGUGGCGUGUUCAGCCCUUUAACAUUGUGUGAGUAUAAUUUUAUUUAUGAUGAUGUAUUGCUGUGGUGGACAGAGUGUGCUGGGUGUGUUGUGGUGGGGUGCGUGUAGGUAAGGUCUGUGGGGGGGAGGUGGGUAAGUUGAGGGUGUGGGUGGUAGGGUGAGAUACCUUGGUCCGGUGCAGUUCUCACCGUGGGGUUGAAAGUACGGAACUUCCAAACAGGUGGAUGUUUGGACUCCUUCGUUAAUAAAGUUGGUAACUUAAGCAGAGGUGUAUUUGUCAGUAUGAACAUGUAACAUAAUACAUUCAUUCAGUUAUACAGUUUAGACGUUUCUUCUGCUGUUAGAUUAGGGUUAGGGGGUAGGUAAACAACCCCGCAGGGCCCCGGUUUUUAUGUUAGGGCUGUUGUUCAAUUAGCGGUAUCUGGUAUGAAUCACAUGCCAUUUAGAAUAGCUGGGCUAGUUCCCAUGCGCGUGUCAAUAAUGUCUAGACCUUUGUUUAAUUAAUUGACAGUCCAUAAACAGCGGUCUAAUGUCGACAAUUGUUCUCUAGAUCGGGAGUAAUACUUGCGACUUUGCGCCAUAUGGCAUGCAAUCGCUAUGGUAUUUGCAGCUUAUAUAGUUCCCAUUGUGCAUAAUAAUAACAGCUAGACCUUGGUGAGAUUAGAUAAACGGUCAACUAACAGUGGCCCAAUGACAACAUUUAUACCCUGUCUCUGGAUUGAUACUCGCAGUGUUUACGCCGUAUGGCAUGCAUCUUUAUGGUUGUUCCACAGGGUGUUUGCGGUUUGUAUAGUUCCCAUUUGUGUAUUAAUAGCAGUUAGAUUUAGUGUGAUGAGAUCAAUGGUCAAUUAACAGUGACCCAAUGUCAUCAAUUUUCCCUGUCUCGGGAUUAAUACUUGCGGCGUUUACGCCAUAUGACAUGCAGUCUCUAUUGUGUUCCCCAGAGUAUUUGUGACUCAAAUAGUUCCUAUUUGUAUAUUAAUCACAGCUAGACUUAGUAUAACUAAUUUAACGGUCAAUUAACAGUGACCCAAUGUCAACAAUUUAAAAAAAAAUUUCCCUGUCUCGGGAUUAAUACUUGCAGCUUGUGCGCCGAGUGGCAUGCAGUCUCUACUGUUGGUUUGCAGGGUGUUUGCGGCUUUGUUUGGGAGCGGGUUGCGCCUCUUUCACUGUCGAGUUGAGUAGGCCACAUUCCUUCAAUUUUCUCAAGCCUUCCUCCGGGGUAGAGAUGGUUUUGGUUUCUCCAUUUUUUUUUGUAAUAAUAAGCUUUGUAGGGAAGCCCCACCUGUAGCGGAUACUCUUGGUUCUCAGCUCCGCCGUGGUUGCUUGGAAUUCCUUCCUUCUCCUUAGGGUCGUGGCAGAGAGGUCUGCCAUGAUGCGUACUUCUGGGUAGUUCUCAUGGGGGUCUUGUUUGUUGUGGUACGUUUUGAGGAUGAGUUCCUUAAUGUGAAAAUAAUGCGCUCUGAGGAGUACGUCAUGGGGUGCAGAGUCAGACAGGUGUCUGGGCUUUGGGACCCGGUGCAGCCUAUCUAUUAGGAGCAUGUCCGCCAGGAUAUCUGGCGCAUAGGUGUGUAGUAGGCCUCUUACUUACACUGGUAAGUCAUCUGGAAGUACAGACUCAGGGACCCCGCAGAGCCGUAAGUUAUUUCGACGUUCCCUGUCCUCUGAGUCCGUCAUGCGUGUUUCCAAGUUCUCCAAUUGUUGAUAUAGCGUCUGUAGCUGGGUGGUCGUUUCGGCCUGGACUGAGUCCAGAUCCUGGCAUCGCUGUUUGAUGGAGGACGUCCUGCCGGAGAGGUCUCUCAUCUCUCUCCUGAUUUGGUCUGCCGUUGAUUUCCAGGUCUGUAUUAAUCUCGCUGACAUAUUUUCGAUUUAGAGGGGGCACCCUUGGCGGGUACAGUUUUUCAGUUCAAAAGGAACCGGCUGUGACCUUGGGAUUAGCAUUUGCGCUCUUGAGGCAGUGUAUAGAGCUUGGGUCGCCCUUAUGAACAUGGCGGGAAGGUGCAUUUCCUCGAGGAGAGCAAACAUGUAGGGCCAUUGAAUUCUAUUGAAGGCCUUCUCUGCGUCCAGAGAGAGGACCAGAAAAGGUGUUCGCUUCUUGUUAGCCCACCAUAUUAAGUCCACUGCUCGUCUCGUGUUUCCGUGGAGUUGUCUGUUAGGGACGAAACCCACUUGAUCUGCAUGGACAAGUUUAGGGAGGAUGAGAUUGAGUCUAGUGGCCAGGAUCUUUGCAUACACUUUAAGGUCAAAAUUGAUGAGGGAGAUGGGGCGAUAGUUUGCCACAUUAGUGUUAUCUCUGUCAGGUUUUGGGAUUAGAACUACGUCUGCUGUGGAGAGGUCAACGUUAGGUUAGUCAUUGUCCGUCCAGGUUUUGUACAUGGUGGCAAGGUGGGGGAUCAAUUGUUCUCUGAAGGUUUUGUAGUAGGAGCCGUCAAACCCAUCUGGGGCUUUUCCCCAUUUAAGGUCCGUGAUGGCUCUAUUUCAUCGUUUUCUAGUGCGGUUGUGUGUGCUGGGAGUCGCGGCAGUUUAGCUUUCCGCAAGAAAUCCGCAAUUUGUUCCAUGUGUGUUCUCUUUGCUGUCGUAAGUGUCGGGGAGUGGUUGUACACUUGGGUAUAAAAUUUAGUGAAUUCAUCGUUUAUGUCCUUAGGACUGUUAAGAAUUCGCCCCUGUGUGUCUUUGAUGGUGGUGAUGUUGGAGUCUGUGCGUUUAGGUCUGAGGGCCCGAGCUAGCAGUGUAUCCAUUUUAUUGGAUUUUUCGUAAAAGAAACGUUUGGUGCGAUCAUAUCUCUGCUUACGUCGUCUAACAUGAGCUCUCUAAGUUGUCGCCUAAUGUCUGUCAGUUCACUAGUUGUGCGUGGGGUGGCCCUUUGUUUAUUUUGCAUUUCGGUCUUACGCAAUAGCCUCUGUAGCUCUAAUAGCUUUUCAAGGUUUUUCUUUUUUAAGUGUGUUGUUGUUGUUUUAAUGAGCAGUCCCCUAAUCACAGGUUUAUGGGCCGCCCAUAGUGUAGUGGGAGAUACGUCCGGGGUGUCAUUUUCUUGAAAGUAACGUGUGAUCUCGGUCUGGAUUGCCUCCUUUGUAUGGGGUUUUCUGAGUAAUGAGUCUCCAUUUCCAUGGGGCGUGUGGGCCUGGUAGUUUGAGGGUUAUGGCGAUGUCCAUGGUCGGACCAUGAAAUGAGGUUCAGGUCAGAUGUUUUGAUCCAUGACAUGGCCAGCAGGUUGACAAGGAAAAUGUCUAUGCGGGAAUAGGUAGCAUGUACUGACGAAUAAAAACUGUAGUCCCGUACGCUCGGGUGUUGGAUCCUCCAUGGGUCCAGUAGGCCCGUGUGGGUGAGGAAGGUGCUCAGGAGUUUGUCCUCCUUUAUUCUGGUACCUGGGUAGGCGAAGGCCUCCACCCCUGUCUAUCGCCGGGCAUGGUGUGGCAUUUAGGUCUCACCCUAAUAGCAAAAUUCCCCUGGGAAGGCCUAGGAUCAGUGUUUCUAGUUCAGUCCAGAAUUCCCCACAGGGAGCAUUGGGUACUCAUGUGGUACGUACUAGAGUGAAGCGUGCCCGUCAGGACCACGUACAGGCCUUCUCUGUCUUCAUAGGUUUUGGUUAUAGUGAGCGGGCAAUUUUUAUGGAUAAUUAAUUCGACCCCAUUCCUCUUACACAGUACCCGUGAGGCAUACGCCCUAGUGUACACAUGGUUUGUGAGUUGUGUCCCUGAGGUGUGUGAUAGGUGGGUUUCCUGAAUAUAUGCGAUGUCCGUUUUCUGUCGUCUGAGUUCGCGGAAAAGGAGCCUAUGUUUGUUUGGGCUGUUAAGCCCGUUUACGUUAAGAGACGUCAGUUUGAGGUCCAUUCUGUGAGGUGGUGUUGUGUUAUAGAGUACCUGGUUAUGUGGGUGCGGCUCGUCCGCGCUUGUGUCUCGUAGGGUUUGGGUGGUAGUGUUGUCUCCAGCAGCAGGUCCAGUAGGGGCGUGUGGGGGUGGGGAAGAAGAGUAGGAAAAGUCGGCCGUAUAGGUUAUUUGGCCGAAACUAGUAGCAACAAACAAGAGAAACAAAAAGAAUACGUUAGUAUUUCGUGUGUAUUACAGCGCUGAUACCAGCUGAACAAGGAUUCGCUGUCGUAUUGUAAGUAGUACAAGCUAUAAUAGUGUACAGAAGAACAAUUUUUAAAACUCUGUUGUACAAGUGCGGUUAUUUAUACGUAACGUUAUAACAAAAAAACAAUACACAAGUCUGUUCCGGGUCUUAUUCAAUGCCAGGAGCUCUGGGGGUGGGCCACCUCCGUGUCGAAGGGUUCUCCUCAAACGGGGGAGGAAACACAACCGAAGAGCACCCCGACAACGCUCAAGUGGAGUGAAAAAUAUAAACCCCAACCUUUAGAGCCCAUUCAGCGAGGGGGGGGGGGUCCACACUGCACUAUGGCAGUGUAUAAGACCGCCCUCGUGUGUGGAGGGCCCUGGUAGGUUGUGUUAAGUUGCCCUAUCUGCACAAUGGGGUUUGGGCGGCCAUGUAGUAGCGUGAGGCCGCACCAGGGCCUAUGUGACCAGUGUGCGGUCUCACAGAAAAAGAUGUCGCUGUUGCUGCCAGGGAAGCCGCGUGUUUUAUGGUGCCGUGGGGGCGUCCGGUUUUCAUGCCCACAUCAGGGGCAUCGCCGCACCUCCCUUAGGCCGUGGGGCAGGUUAUACAUUCAAGACACUGUUAAAGUAUGGCAGUCCCUCACCAUUGGCCCGUUUCCCGCCCUUUUGGGAUUCCCUGGGUUUCCCGCCGCACUGGCCAUAUCAGGCUUGGCCGUACGGUUGUCUGCAGUGUUUGCAUCUGCGUUUUUUUCCCUCCCACCCCAGAGCGUCCCAAUAAACACAAUACCUCUCCAUCCUCCCCGCCACCCCCAUCCAACAGCAAUCUAUGCUAUAUUUUCAUCACCCUUUCUAAUGCUAUCAGUGAACAUAUUAUCAGUGACCAUAUUAAAGUGAAAACAAUGCACUAUGAUGCUUAUAUAGCGUCAAAGCGUUCAAGAGCCAGCAAGGGACUGCGUGUGGUCUGUGUCGGAGUUCUCGUGUGUUCACUGUCCCAGAGUCAGUCCCGCUGGAGAUCUUGUGCUUCAGCGUUCUCAGCUAGCAUGUCAAGUGUCCCUGCUUGGGAAUGUGGGGUUUGGAAGUCCGCCUCCAGGUCCAAGUCUAUAAGAAAUGUGGGUAUGUCCGUCGACGGGGCCUUUAAAGACCAGUAUCUUGAACGGGUAUCCCCAAGCAAAGCGCAAUCCGUUGUUUCUCAACAAAUCUGUGACCGGCUUCCACUCCUUUCUCCGAAGGAGUGUGACCGGUGCCACGUCUUGGUAUAUUUGGAGGCUAGUCCCUUCAUGGUCGUAGGCAGUCAUCCUGCUGUGGCGCAUUAUGGCCUCCUUGGUCUUGUAAUAGUGCCACUUCAUAAUUACAUCGCGCGGGGGGCUAUUCUUCGGCCCUCUGGCCCGCAGGGCUCAAUGUACCCUGUCCACCAUCCAAAGAUGGUCUGGGAGGCUCUGCUUAAAACAGGUGACUAGAGUCUCUUCAAGGUCCGCUUCCCCAACCGAUACCGGCAGGCCGCGAAUGCGCAGGUUAUUUCUCCUUGAGCGGUUGGAGAUAUCCUCGAGCUCCAAUUACAGAUCUGUAACCCUUGUGAGGAGUGUGUUUGUGAGGUUUACUGCUCGAUUGUGAGCCUGCACCACAUUGCCCAUUUGUAGCUCGAGCCCCUAUGGUGGCAAUUUCCGCUUUGACUUCCUUGGCUGAUCUCUUGAUUUCUUCGGCCAAGUAGCCUUUGACAUCCGCAUGUGAUUGCAGGGUAGUGCUGGAAGAUGCCUCCGGUGGGGAGUCUUGUGUCCGUGGGGUGAGUUGUGCUAGGACUCGUGUCCGUGGGCGCACCACGUGCUGCCGGCCUCUGUGCUGCAAACAUGUCCACCACUGACGGAGCUUCGUUGGUGCCUCUUUUCUUGGGUGGUCUGCGGCUUGACAUCCGGCUGCAGUAAUGGGGUGAUCGGGGCAAAGUUGGGGCUGUACCUGAUUAAAGUGCUUUAAUGAGCGCCGGGGUGCGGAGCACUCGCUCUAUGCGCCCAUCUUCAUUGGCGUCCAAACCCCGAUCCCCGUUUUUCUUUUCAAAUAAAUUGCUUACCAUGUAUACUAGUUUAAGUCGAGUGCAGUUUUUUGACCAACAAUUGUGAACUAGAAAAGCUACAAUUUCUGGGGAAAUUGUGUGAAGUGUUCUUGCCUCCACCAGUAGUCUACAACUGGAGUGGGCGACGUAACUGUUAUCAUUUAUAUAACACAUUUAAUUGCAACGUUGUUGCACAGUUACAUUAAACCAUACAUUUAUAAAAACAUUAGCAGGUGUUCAAAAGGCCCUGUCUAUGACAUCACUUGCUGCUGCAGCCUGGCACAGGUCAGAGUAUUUUGGCAGUUGCCAUCUUCAAACGGGAUUUUAAAAACUAUAAAUCCUACAAUGAAGAGCUUUAUAUUGCGAGAAUCACAAGACCCAGACCUACAUUUUGAUGCAUAGUAUGUCUCUGAAUUAUUAAAAAUGAAGGCACAGUCGCAGUUUAGAAAUUGCCCUUCAAGUUUGAGCUGGCUUGAGUGAAGUUUCAAUGAAUGUCAAUGGAAGGCGUGAGUUGCAAACAAAUGAUCAUAUUGUGAAAUCUAUCAGGACUAUGGCUUAGCUGUGGACAUUUCUAGUGGCAGCAGGGAUAGCUGAGCGUUUUGAUAUAAGAUUUGUGUAGGUGGGCCCGAAAAUAAGGGAGUGGUGGCAGUUUAGAAAUCAUGUCCUGAUUUUUCAGCUUUUGGCAGCUCCCACUCUAGCUUUGCCAUUCAUUCCUAUGGGACAAAUUGCGCCACAAAAACGACGAUAUUCCGUGAACCAUUCGGCGAAACGUUCCACAAAGUAAUAGCAAUCCGAUCGGGAACAAUCUGCACGCUUUGGUAAAUUUUUGUCUAUGUAGUGUAAAAACUGUGGGAGGAGUUAGGGUGGCAAAUUUGGCUAUAAUAAGAAUAAUAUAUAUGUGAGAUAACAAUAAGUGUUCUUGCAAGAACACUUAAUAAUAAUAUAUAUGUGAGAUAACAUUAAGUGGUCUUGCUAUGCAAGAACACUUAAUGUUAUCUCACAUAUAUAUUAUUAUUAUUAUUAAGUGUUCUUGCAUAGCAAGACCACUUAAUGUUAUCUCACAUAUAUAUUAUUAUUAUUAUUAUUAAGUGGUCUUGCUAUGCAAGAACACUUAAUAAUAUAUAUGUGCGAUAACAUUAAGUGGUCUUGCUAUGCCAAGAGGCUAUUUUUAUAAAGAGGGGAGGAGUAGGGAUCACUCACAAUAUGAGUAGACAAUAAAGCUGAAGGAGUGCACAUAAGCAAGAUUACUUAUGCUGUUUGUCAGCAUUUCCUGACAUGCAUUCACUCUGUGAGAAUAGCUGCAGGUGGAGGAAGUGCCAGUAAAUAUCUGAUCCAGACCUCCCUCUGGUCAGUAUAACGGAACGGUUAACCAGAAAAUGCAGUAUCCAUGCUUGCAUGCAGUAAUCUAAAAAAAAAAAAAAGGUUUUGUGAUUUGUCCUGGCACUACAUGCAUUAAAAAAAAAUAAUUUCAAAGGCUCACUUACAUGUAUUUCUCCUUACCUUUCUCAUUAUAAAUUAAAUGUCGGGUUUAUUUCAAAUGCUGCUAGAGAGAAGCAUUCUUCUAGACAAAUUGUUAUAUUAAAAAUAUAUACAAAGUGGGAAUUUAGUAUUAGUGCUAACAGAAAAAUAUAAGGACUGAUUUUCAACCUUUCCAGCCCUCAAGUUAUUUUGUUUAUAACAUACUUUGAGAACUUUAUGGGCAUGAAUUUAACACCACAAAUUAGAACCACUGAUAUAUAGACUAUUAGAACAACAGUUUUUGCACCAUAACAGCUUCAUCAAAAUGAAUGCUGGCUCACUUCAAGGGUUCUCAAACUGGUUAAAGGGACACUAUAGACACCCAGACCACUGCAUCUCAUUAAAGUGGUCUGGGUACAAUGUCCCUUAACCCUACAGUGGUAAUUAUUGCAGUUUCUGGGGAAACUGCAAUAAUUAGCUCUCAGGUUUAACACCACUUCUAGUUACUUCCAGAUGUUUAGACGACUUUUGAUCAUCUAAAUGACGCUGGACAUUCCCACGCUCUGCAUGAGGACUUCCAGCGUAACCAGAAUCCCCAUAGGAAAGCGUUGAUUAAUGCGGGGGCGAUUGAUUAUAUCACUUUAUGUGCAUUUGUUAAACUGUUGUUACAUUCUAAUUCUACAUUAUAAGGAUGUUUUUAGCACCAUUCAAUGCACUCUGGUGUUUUGUUUUAAUUAAAGGACCACUAUAGUGCCAGGAAAACAUACUCGUUUUCCUGGCACUAUAGUGCCCUGAGGGUGCCCCCACCCUCAGGGACCCCCUCCAGCCGGGCUCUGGGAGGAGGAAGGGGUUAAACUUACCACUUUCUCCAGCGCCGAGCGGGGAGCUCUCCUCCUCCUCCUCCUCUCCUCCCUCUUCUUCCGUCACCGGCUGAAUGCGCAUGUGCAGCAAGAGCCGCGCGCGCAUUCAUCCAGUCCAUAGGAAAGCAUUCACAAUGCUUUCCUAUGGACGCUGGUGUCUUCUCACUGUGAAAAUCACAGUGAGAAGCGCGGAAGCCCUCUAGCGGCUGUCAAUGAGACUGCCACUAGAGGCUGGAUUAAAGGACCACUAUAGUGCCCUGAGGGUGCCCCCACCCUCAGGAUCCCCCUCCCGCCCGGCUCUGGAAGGGGGAAAGGGGUAAAAACUUACCUUUUUCCAGCGCUGGGCGGGGAGCUCUCUGCCUCCGAUCCUCCUUCUCUCCUCCCCAUCGGCUGAAUGCACACGCGCGGCAAGAGCUGCGCACGCAUUCAGCCGGUCACAUAGGAAAGCAUUAUCAAUGCUUUCCUAUGGACGCUGGCGUGCUCUCACUGUGAAAAUCACAGUGAGAAGCACGCAAGCGCCUCUAGCGGCUGUCAAUGAGACAGCCGCUAGAGCGAAUGGGGGAAGGCUUAACCCAUUCAUAAACGUAGCAGUUUCUCUGAAACUGCUAUGUUUAUAAAAAAAAAGAAAAGGGGGGUUAACCCUAGCUGGACCAGGCACCCAGACCACUUCAUUAAGCUGAAGUGGUCUGGGUGCCUAGAGUGGUCCUUUAACCCUAUUAUAAACGUAGCAGUUUCUCUGAAACUGCUAUGUUUAUAAAAAAAAUUUUAAAAAAAGGGGGGGGGGUUAAACCUAGCUGGACCUGGCACCCAGACCACUUCAUUAAGCUGUAGUGGUCCUUUAAAAGUAUCUUUUUUUUAAAGUCAACAUUGUGUAUUUUUCUUGAAAUACUCAUAAGAAACUAUAUAUUUUUCUUUCCUUCUUGUUUUUUGUUUAUGUACUGGUUUAUUUUAUUCCCAUCUGCAACCUUUCUUUUGAAUCUCUCUGUAUUUCUGCACUUAUAGUAUUGGACAACUAUCCACCAGUGUCUAUGUACAUUCAGAGCUUUUUGUGUUCAUCUGGCACUUGGCCCUUUUUUACAAUUGCAAAUAGAUCCAAAAUUAUCCAUUAAUUACCACUGACCUCUUUCCUCCUUCCCAAUACCUUAACCCUAUUUUAAUAAUUUUUCCACUGCUUAAUUUCCUCCUCCUUCACUAACACUUGAUUUAAAGAAAGAACGUAGCUUACAAAUUAAACAAAGUGUAGUGGAUGUGGUACUCAGUGUCACUUUUAUUCUAUUUGUUUAUAAUAUUUCCAUUUUUAAUCUGUUUUCUUCCUUAUUUAUCUACUGCCCUGUCAUGCAGAUGUAUUUUCAAUUCUCUUAUGUCAGUAAUGUUCCCUGUCUUAUUGAUACCAGCCAUCCUAUUACCCUCAGCAUAUGUUCAUUUGUUACACUCUCAGACCAGCUGUACUCAGUGUGGAUGUGGUCAUCUGAGUUAUUAACCUAUUCCUCUUACUUAUGGGUAGCCAUUCAGAUUGAGCCAGUCUUCAUUAUAGUGUUUGUCAAUGUGAAAGAAUACUGCAUUUACACUGUCUCUUCUGAAAUAAUAAAUUCAAGUUUGGACAAUCCCAUGAAAGAUUAUGCUAUUAUAUUCUAAAUCCCUCUGCUGUUUUCAUUUUGAAUGGGUCUAAAAAUCCUUUUGCUUAGGCCACCCAAAAAAAUGUUUUUUCAAAAAGUGAAAUUAAUUUAGAAUAGCAACAUUCUUGUCCUCUCCAUAAAGCUUUUGAUACUCAUAUUGGCUUUUGACCUUUGUGGAACAAUACAUUUUCCUUUUCAUUAUAUUCUAGGUAUGUAUAGUCGGUAAAAUUUUGCUAAAUACCCUCUCUGAGGAGGAGGUUGCCUGACAUGCUCUUUAGCUUAUUCAAGCAAUGAUUCAUUUUCAUAUCUCGUACUUAUUACGCAGGACAUCCUUCAUCAGCAAGGAGAUAAUGAAGUACCGGGCCAAACAUUCCAAAGCUACUGUGUGCAAUUUCCGAGUCUUCUAUAAUAAGCACAUGCUUGAUAUGGAUGACCUUGCUACCCUAGAUGGACAAAACUGGCUCAAUGAUCAGGUAACAACAAAAUUUAAAACUUUAGAGUUUCUGGUGUAGCAAUCUCUUCUGAUAUAUUUUUAUUCCCUUUUCGGUACACCAGACAACAGCAUAUCAUGUAAACCAACAAAGACUCUGGUAAAUUUAUAAAUCUAAAACUUUUUUGCAUGUGGUGUUUUGUUUUAUUUUUGUUUUUUUUUUCUUCUGUUAGAAGUCCAACAACUGAAAUAGUUAUUGGUAUUGAUUCGGAAGAUAAUCUACUGAUUUAAUUAAAACAAAUGGAACCAACCUAUUUUUUUCCAAAUACCUGGAACUUAUUGUACCGGAAAAAAUAUUUUUAUGCUAACCUGUGUUCAUUUUUACAAAACCAAUUACCAGGCCGCAAAGUAAUGCAAAAAUGCCCAUGUAAUUGAUGCGCACGGAACAGGUGCUCGUGAAAUAUUUACAUGCACAUUCAUUUUAAUUUUUUAUUUUCUUCUGUCAUGUAUCUAAAAUGUAUCCUAAUUUAUUCCUCUUAUGUUAAUUCCUGUCCUGGUUUCACAUUAUAAUUGUUGUAUAAGUCCAACUCUGUGUUUGGUAAAUCAUAUCCUUACCUGGUGCAUUAAUGAAAGACAGUGGACAUUGAUCUGGUCAUACCUGUUUUGACAAAUGUGCCAAACCUGCAGUGAAUGUUUCCAGAUUCUGAUAUUUCUGAUCAUGUAGAAGCUCUAAACCUUGUUGAUACAACCAACUUCAUUGGAAUGGACCGUGUCUUCUUCAUAUCCCAAUUCCUUCUAGGAGUUUACAUUUUUAUUUGUCUCUUUCAGGUUAUUAACAUGUAUGGUGAACUGAUAAUGGAUGCUGUACCUGAAAAGGUGAAUAAUCUAGUGUGUGUGUGUGUGUAUACAUGUGUAAUUAAUAAAUCUAUGUAUGUGUGUAUAAAAUCUCACACUUUUGUCUUAUUUUUUUCCUGACGUAAGUGGCAGUACUGCACAAUUGGGUUGUUCCCUCUUAUGUGGACAAGAAGCUCUGAAAAGAUAUAAAAUUUAAAAUACUCCCGCCUACCUGCUCAUAAAAGGCAGUAGCCUCCUUCCAUCCACAGUUCUUCAGGACAGACUGGUGAGGCUCACCGGUUGCAGCCAGGGAGAUGUUGACCCGAAAGCUCCCUUGAAGGUGAGCUUAGAGGUACCUCUUCCACACAAUUGUUACCGAACGCAAGUGGAAGGUUUUUGUUUUUUUUCGUUAUGUCGGUAGGAAGUCCCAUGCGCCUGCACACAGCAGUGGAACGCACACCCGAGUGAUCUUGCGUUCCACUGAAGUUCUGAUCGCGUGCAUGUGCGAUCGGUACUUUGAAAAUUUGCAGCAAAAUUGGCAAUAUAAGCUGUGCUGAACACACGGACACCUGGUUGGUCACCAUCUUUCCGGUUCACUGUGUCACCAACCCUCCCACAUGGCAGUGAGAUUAAUUAGUCUCUACUUUCAAAUGCCUCAGAUUUUAUUUCUUAUUCUAAGUUUUUAGUGAUAUUCUUAUUUUAUUUCAGAUAUGUCUAGUCCUGCAUUCCCAGACAAGGACAUAGAAAAAAAUGUCGGCUCCACAUCCCAGGAAGGCUACCUGUAAAGCUAAAUACCUCUGCUGCAUGGAAUGCUGCCAGACUGAUGCAGAAAAAAGACGUACAACCAGUGUGCUGCAAAAUCCAUAGAAAAAUCUAAACAAAGGGAGAUGCAAUCUUUUUUUGAGCAGGUUUCAGGAAAACGUAUCUCAAAUGUUCGAAUCAUUUAAGGAUUCGGUAAAGCAUGACAGCGGUGCUGUUAAGACUCCAGAGAAGAAAGAUAAAAAAACAUAAGAUUUUGAAGUCCUCUUAGCAAUUAGAUCUGUCUUCAGGUGAAUGUUCCAAUUCCUGAAGAUCGGACGUUUCCCGCCUAGAUUCCAGCCUGGAUGAAAGUUUUCCUCCAGAGGAACUUAAAAAAUUGAUUAAUGAAGCUGCUGCCUUAUUUCAGGGAAUAGAAUGCACUAAAAGUAAGGCCAAAGGUUUCCCUACUAAUCCCAGAAUUCUGGAGCUGCUCCAGAGGGAGUGGAAAAAUCCUGAAAGACUGCUUUUGUUUCUAAAAGCUUUAAACAGAUUUUUAAGUUGCAAAGGGAAGAAAGAUGGGAAGAUCUACCAAAAGUUAACAUCCAAGUAGCCCAGCUCUCCAAAAAAAAAAAAAAAAACAUUCCUAUAGGGGAAUCUUUAGGUUUAAAGGAGUCUAUGGAUAAGUGCAGAAGGGCUUAUCAGGCUGCAGGUUAUCAAUGCAAAGCCGCAAUUUCAGGAGCAACAGUAGCAAAGGCACAAGGUGCCUGGCUCUUCUCCUUGGAGGAUAUGGUUCCAGAAAAAGCAGACAAAGACCUGUCCCACUUAUUUAACCUUUUACAUCUAUCUAAUGAAUUUAUUCAAGAUAUGACCAAAGAAUGUCUCAAACUUUCUGCCAGAAUCAUGGGUAUAUCAUCAGUAGCCAGAUCUUGGAUGGCAGAUACAGCAUCUAAGGCGAAUCUGUGCGAACUUCCCUUUGAGAGGAACAAACUGUUUGGAUCUACACUGGAAGACAUUAUUAAACGAAUGGCUAAUACUAAAAAGGCACUACCACAAGAAUUCAUAUCCUCUAACAUCAAGAUGUUUCAAUACAGGCGUCAGGAUCCAUUUGGUUUCAAAAUAAAUCUAGAGGUUUCGGAAACCAUUUUGUGAAGGCAAGAGAGAAUACCAAACCAAGACAGGUUCAGGCUACCAGGUAAAAGGAAAUAUUGACGCCAGAAGAGCGGGAGGCCGUCUAAAAUACUUUGUUCAAAAAUGGAAAGAAACAACUUCCAACAGUUGGAUAUGGCAUACUAUAGAAGAAGGUUACAAAAUAAAGUUUACAAGAACCCCUUCAACAUUCCUGUUGUCAACAUACAAUUCAAAAAAGAAGUCCGAAGCCCUUCUCACUUCCUCAGUAACCCUCCUAAACAAAGGAGUAAUAGAAAAAGUACCAAAACACCAAGAGUUCCAAAGUGUGUACUCUCGUCUGUUUUUUUUACGAGAAACAGACAAAAGUUUUCAUCCUAUUCUAGACUUAAAAACAGUCCUGCAUUCCGUACCAACGAUUUUGCAUGGAAAAUAUCACUCAUCUUCUUCAAAAGGAUGAAUACAUGGCGAAAAUAGAUCUCAAGGACGCCUAUCUUCUUGUGCCUAUGGCCGCAAGCUCAAGAAGGUUUCUCAGGUUUGCAAUAAAAUCAGGCAAACAAAAACUUCUCCAUUUCCAGUUCAGGGCACUUCCAUUUGGCCUGUCUUCAGCUCCUCGUAUUUUCACAAAGAUCCUUCUGCCUUCAUAAGCCGCACUGAUAAUAAAAGGCAUUGCCAUUGUCCCUUACUUAGAUGGUUUGCUGCUGAAGGCAGAAUCAAUGGAACAUCUGGAAAGGAAUCUUCUGCUUACCACUCGGUUUUUGCAGGAUCACGGUUGAAUAAUACAUUUUUAAAAAUCUGCGUUAUGUCCCACCACAUGGAUACUGUUUAUAGGCCUGGUCUCAGGCUAAUGGUCCCUUCAAGAUCCUAGUCAGAAAGUUUGAACUACCAGAGAUGGAUCUUAUGACCAACAGACUGAACGCAAAAGUAAGAAACUUUGCUUCCAUUAUGAAACAAGAUCUCCCUGUAGUUCUGAACGGACUUUCAAUGCCUUGGAAAUUCAAAAUAGCAUACAUCUUCCCUCAAGUAGCAUUAAUAGCUUGAAUUGUACAAAAAAAUCUGUGAAGUCAAGGCAAGGGUGUUGGCUAUCCUUCCUUACUGGCCGAACCGAAAUCAAUCAGCUGGCAGUCUCUCAUUGGGUUCUUCCCUGCUCUCCAACCUUACUGGAACACCCAGAUGUCCCUAUGGAACGGUUUGGUUGCUGCAAGGAUAAUUCUCAAGGAGUAGGGUAUUUCCGACUCCAUCUAUGACACACUCCUUUCCUCCAUUCAUAAUUCUGCCACUUAGAUUUACUUUUGGAUCUGCAAAAGGUUUUUUUACAGUGGUGCUUAUCAAGGGAUAUUGAAGAUGGUUGGUCUUCCAUAACUUGUAUCCUGGCUUUUCUUCAAUCAGGCUUCAACUCAGGCCUUGGGGUCUCAUCGCUUAAAAUACAAGUUUCUGCCCUCAGUCAUUUUAUGGUAAAAGAUUUGGCCUUUCCCACCUGGGAUUUGUCUGUAGUACUUAAGGCGAUGUGCAAUUCCCCCUUCAAACCUUUGCAAGAGAUUUCUUUGAAGAUGUUGACAUGGUAGCAAUUAAUUCAGCCAAAAGGAUUGGGUAGCUGCAAGCUAUAUCUUCUGCUCCAGAAUUUGCGAUCUUUCACCAAGACAAGGUGGUAUUACAUCUCAGGCCUUUGUUUCUACCUAAAGUGGUUUCUCAACAGCACUUAAACCAGCCUAUUGUUCUGCCUUCCUUCUGUCAAGACCACUCUAUGGAAACAGACAAAUUGGCACAGCCCUGAUGUUGUAAGGGCCUUGGAAAUAUACCUCUGCAGAUCAGCCCCUUACAGGAUUUCUGACCAUCUAUUUAUUAAUUUUCAAGUAGCAUUUAAAGGCAAGAUGGCUUACAGGGCUACAUUAGCCAGAUGGCUUACUGAGGCCAUUAAGUUGGCCUAUAAAAACAGCAAUGUCUCCCUUCACUUUCCGGUCAAAGCACACUCCACCAGAGCCAUGUCUACUUCCUGGGCUAAGAGGUCAUCAACUUCUCCAGAAGAAAUCAGUAAAGCAGCUACUUGGUCCUCACUCCACACUUUCAUAAAGCAUUACAGGCUAGACAUAUUCUCCUCCUCUGUAGCUGCUUUUGGACAGAAGGUGCUCCAAGCUGUGUCUUACUAAUUACCUGCCCAUUUGCCUUAAGGGAUCUUGCUAUAUCCCACUUGUGCAGUACUGACACUUACGACAGGAAAAAACGUAAUAUUACCGUAAAUUCUGUUUUCAUUAGUAGAGUGGCAGUACUGGUUAAUAAAUUAUAUUUUGCAGUAUUUGGUCUCUGUAUGUUCAUUUUGAAAACUGUGGAUGGAAGGAGGUUACUGUCUUUUAUGAGCAGGUGGGAGUAUUUUAAAUUUUUAUAUCUUUUCAGAGCUUCUUGUCCAAACAAGAGGGAACAACCCACUUGUGCAGUACUGCCAAGGAAAAUAAAAUUUACAGUCAGUAAAAUUGCUUUUUUUCGAUAAUUGUGACAACAAAUAUUUUUCCUUUUUGUAGGUUCAUUUCCUAAACAGUUUUUUCCACAGACAACUGGUGACCAAAGGUUAUAAUGGGGUAAAGAGAUGGACUAAAAAGGUAAAACUGCAUUGUCUCUUCAAUUCAUAAAACUGUACAUUUUAAACUAUUAGUAUCUCAAUUUGCAGCAUGAAAUUCUUACUUCCUUAACCAGUCUCCCGUUUGUUUCUAUUCUGGGGUCAGUGCAACUGCAAGACUUAUCAGACUUUCACUAUAUGCUUCCCCUUGCCUUUAUAUUCUACACUGGCAAAGGGAUCCUCGAUGCUCCCGAUGUUGUGGAAUACAUCUUCCCUGAUGCUUUGCCAUCAAUAUGGUUGUAAGAGCAUUAUGGGAGAUGGAGUGCUAAAGGUUGCUCACCCCUGCAGUUUUUAAACUCUGUGCCUAACUUAACAAAGUCUUUUAUUAUAUGACAUUAAAUCUCUUUAUUCAUUGCAUUACCACUUAUUUUACUAUUUUUCUUGAUUUCAAAAUGGUCCGCUUGAUCACUCCUCUGAAAGCAUUUCCAAUAAGUCCACAAACGAACUGAACAAAUAAACCUACCCCAAAAACAUGAAGCCCUGUUAAACAUUUUUAUCCUGAUGCCUUUAAUAUGAUUCAUUUAGGGUGGGGACGGCACUAGCGACUGGGCAAUAGCUGCCUAGCCACAAUAGUUGUAAAUGACAGUUUGCAUGCCGUGAGUAUUAAACGAAAGAACCGAAAUGAAAAGGUAAUAUAUUCGGCAUUUGCCCUUUCGUUUUGUUUAUAUUUCGUAUGCAGGACUUUCGGUUACGUUUUAGUAAGCGAAUCCGAAAAAGUCUGAAAUGUCAGACAAAAUCAUAUUCGUCCGAAAACGAAUGCAAAUGUCUAGUAUAUCUAUAUAGCAUAUCUCUAUAAGUCAAUAACCGGCUGUGUUUAAAUUUACAUUUAGUUUGUUGGUACACAAACACUAAAGAGCCUUGGUUGGUUGGUUAUACCAAAACAGAGACAUUUCUGAUUUGUUGUAAAUUAUCAAUGAUUCCUCAUGUGUUUUUCCAGGUGGAUUUUUUCAAAAAGACCAUGCUGUUAAUUCCUAUACACCUAGAAGUCCACUGGUCUCUAAUUACUGUGAACAUCCCUGAUAAAAUAAUUUCAUUUUAUGACUCCCAAGGCAUACAUUUUAAGUUUUGUGUGGAGGUAAGUGUUUGAUAUUUUUAUUUAAUCUACUUUUUGAAGUGUUGCUCAAUUGUGCAGUUGUCUGAUCCAUUUUGGAAGUAUUGUGUCAAAGGCCAGUUUCCUUUGCGGUUUCUUGUAUUUCAGCUCAAAUUACUAAUUGAAUUGUAUAUUAAUCUGACUAAACCUAAAGUUUAACUGGAAGUAGUGCAGAAAUCUCUAUUCUUUAAAUCUUUCCAUAAUUUCUGCCUUUAGUGCAUGCAACAGAGAUAUAAAAUGUGUUCUGAUGUUUCUGACUUGCUUUCCCUUCUCCCAUAUUUGAACCAAUGUUUGGUUUUAUCAGUGCUGCAGAAUGGAAAGACAGGAACUUGGAGCAGGAUUUUCAAAUGGAAAGAAACUUUAAUAGUUUGUUUUUGUUUUCUAGGACUGCAAUUUUAACAUGUUAAUAUAUGCAUGUAAUAUAAUUAAUGGUGCCAUUUAUUCUUCCUUGUCCUAUUUGGAUCUUGAUGUAAUUACACAUGGUAAUGUCAUCUGUCAAUUGCACUAACUGUAACUGUCUAUUAUUUCAUAACCAUUACAGCACUUAGAUUAUUUAAGCUAUUAUAACGCAAAAUCUAGUUUUUGUAUUAGUAACAAAUAUUGUAGAGCACUGUAUUUUUCGAUGGUUAAACUUUAUUGGAUACUAAAUGAGUGCAGUUGAAGUCUUAUUGUCUUAUAUUUGGUAACAUCUGUUACAUUUCUGCAUACAAUUUGUAAAAAUUGUUUUGUUCAGUUGAUUUCGUUUUUAAAAUUACGAGAUAUUUAACUAGAGCCAUGCUUCUUUCCAUCUCUUAAGAACAUACGAAAGUAUCUUCUGACAGAAGCAAAAGAGAAGAACCAUCCGGAGUUUCUUCAGGGGUGGCAAACUGCUGUUACAAAGGUAUAUUUCAUUAACAUAUAGAUUUGGGCAUUGUAUUGUAGGGUAUGUUCUAUAAUAUACAUCCUCCACUUUGCAUAAGGCUGCACAGCGUUUGGUAGUCCGGCAGUAUCACAGUCAAAGAUGCUGUCAGAAGACAAGUCCUCCUUCAUGCACGAGAUUUCCAAGGUGAACAGAGAGACAUACUAGCUUAAAUAUGUUUGUUGUAAAAACAGACAUGUCAGUGUCUUAAUUGUGUAGUUUAAUGUUUAACACAUUUCCUAUAAUGUAAGUACCAGGUAAAUUUUCACUAAUAUAAAUAUACACACGCACUCUCUCCAUUAGAUAUGCUCUCACACUCUACUUUAGCAAGUAUAUUUCACCCAUACCUAGUCAACUGUAUUAAUAAUCCUACCUCAUCCACCAUUAUACUCUCACACACCCAUUAAAUUGUCCACACUUUGACACACACCACUAACAAGGCAUUCAUUUACAAAUGUGCGCACACACAGUUUCCUGACUGAAAGCACCAGGAUGAUGGGUUAUCAUAUCAUUUCGUCUUUGCCUUGUUAGUCUAACUGCUUCCUAGGAGUGGUAAAGGGAACAUAAAGCUGCCUCUGUUGACAUAAAUUGCCCAUUCUCCUGCUCUUGUAAUCUCUCCUUACUGUCAGGGAGAAAUAUUUUCUGUCUGUCUGCAACAGGUUACCAAGACAAAACAAGAAUUCUUGCACCAGCCUCAUGUACUUGUCUUCUACAUGUUGUGCUUUAAUGCUUAAUGCACAAACCAUAUCCAAAUAGCUGAUAGGAGUAGUGCUGUUGUUUUCAACCAUGUUUAUUUUUAUUUAAUAACCUUUCCAUAAAGUAACUUCUGAAAGUUUGAUUUUAUAGUGUAUUCCACAACAGAAGAAUGACAGUGACUGUGGCGUGUUUGUGCUUCAGGUGAGUGUAUCCAAAUUGUUAUAUUGGAUUUUUAUUUUUUUACUUUAAACCUACUGAGUAGAUAACAUUCACCAAUACUGUGUAAAGUGUACUUAGAAAUAACAUAAUAUUAAAAUGUACUGGUCAUGGGACACACAACUGGCUAAGAUUAAAGAGGAAAGAUUCUAGCAACUGUACUUGUUUUAAUUUAAUGGCCACUACAAGUAUGGCCUCUAUUCCACCAGUCAAUCCUCUGCAUAUACAACUUGUAUAUCCCUGUGAAAUACAGGUUUAAGCCAAUAAAUGAGUACCCCAGAGAGCAGGGAAAUCCUAUUAAAAGCAGUUCUCCCCCACCUGCGUAAAAAGUAUAAUCCACUCGGUCAUUCAUGUACGGGAGUUGCAGUCAUUAGGAAGGAUCUAGUCUGAGACCAGGGCAUUACCCUACAAUAGUAUAACCCAGGGCUUGACAAAUUUGCUUGGAAUCUAGGUGCCAGCAAUAAAAGUUAGGAGCCAGGUUUUUCAAUGUCAAAAAUACAAUUCUUAAAGGGACACUAUAUUCACCAGAACCACUACAGCUUAAUGUACAGUUGCAAGAAAAAGUAUGUGAACCCUUUGGAAUGAUAUGGAUUUCUGCACAAAUUGGUCAUAAAAUGUGAUCUGAUCAUCUAAGUCACCUGCACUGUGAAUGUUUACAUGGUGUGUUCAAUAAAAACACGGCAACAUUUCAUUCUUUGUGUUAUUCGUUUAAGCAGACUGUGAUUGUCUAUUGUUUUGACUUAGAUGAUGAUCAGAUCACAUUUUAUAACCAAUUUGUGCAGAAAUCCAUAUCAUUCCAAAGGGUUCACAUACUUUUUCUUGCAACUGUAGUUGUUCUCGUGUCUAUAUUCUGUCCCUUCACACUUUUCAAUGUAAACUCUACCUUUUCAGAGAAAAGGCAGUAUUUACAUUGCUGCCUUGCAACACUUCUAUUGACAGUCACUCAGACGGCCUCUGGAGUGCAUCCUGGGUUAGUUCUGCACAGUACCUACGUAUAGCAUCUCCCCGCUCUGCAUCAAUGCAUCUCUAUGCUUAUUGGCGCAGCAUGACUUUUUGCUCCACAUGCGCAAUAGUCUCCCAAUGCUUUCCUAUGGGAAUAAAGGUGAGUAAAAUCGGGGGCGGGGCUUCAGUCAUCUCCAUGCACUGCUCCAUAGAGCGCGGUUUAGUGAUGCCGGGGUCGGAAUUACGUCAUAUUCCGGCUCCUGGCAUAACUGGAGGGCGCGCGAGUGAGCAGAGCAGGGAGGGAGGUUACAGCUCCCCCAUGUGCCUGCCAGUCUGCCUCAGACUUCCAGGAGACUCCCGUCCGUGCGCGCACCAACGUUCUCACUAGCAAGGCCGCCCACGCUCUAACUGAGCUGGCCGAACACCCACACACCCAUGCUCUUUAUGAGCAUGCCAGCCGGCCGCCUCCUCUAAUAGACAGCCGGCCAUCUCGGGGGCUGAAUGGGCCAGCAAAUCCCAGACGCCAGGACAAAAAUCCUAGUCGCCACGGCUACCUGGCGCCUGGGAUUUGUCGAGCCAUGGUAGAACCCUCAUAUACAUCUGGGAAUGGUGGCUCUGAAACAAGGGUCAACAGGUAAAUAUGAUGAAAAAUUGUUAUGAGUUGAUAAAAAUAUAUAUAUAUAAAAUAUUCAGGGGAAAAGUCUUGACAGGCUCACUUCAGGGAGUUUAAAAAAAAAAAAAAAAAAAAAAUUCCCAAAAGGUCCCUACAGAAUUGGUUAGCAUUCAAGUUGGUUAAAUAUAUUAAUACCUUAGUUGGUCCUUGUAGUAAUAACUUGGUUUCUGCAACCAUAUUUACAAUAGUUACAGAGUGAUAUAUCAAAUGUAACAUCAAACUUAUUAAUAUGUUACUUGACGUAGAUACAAUGUGAAGAGCAGCUUUAGACUCAGGCAGGCGAAAUAAAAUGUUAUAGGACAUAAUAGUGACGCUAAAUAGGGUUGGGGAAAGGCCCCAAACCCAAUGGUGAAAAAAUGUCCCACUCAUCAUCCAUAAUACCUCUAUACUCUGUGAACAAAACUGAGUGCUCAGUAUUAAAACCCAAAGUGCUCAAAAAUAAAAGCAAUAAUUGUGUGAGCUUUAAUUAAAGGAUCUCUAGUGUCAGGAAAACAAAGCGGCCGCCUCCUCUAAUAGACAGCCGGCCAUCUCGGGGGCUGAAUGGGCCAGCAAAUCCCAGACGCCAGGACAAAAAUCCUAGUCGCCACGGCUACCUGGCGCCUGGGAUUUGUCAGGAAGACAGCCACUAGAGGUUGGAUUAACCCUGCAAUGUAAACAUAGCAGUUUCUCUGAAACGUCUAUGUUUACAUCUAAAGGGUUAAAACCUAAGGGACCUGGCACCCAGACCACUUCAUUGAGCUGAAGUGGUCUGGGUGACUACAGUGUCCCUUUAAACAGGGAAUGAGUGCUGGGUUGUUGGCAGUUAAAUUGCUCUGUAAAGCAUUCAAUAUGAAGAUAGACUCUCAGGCUAACAAAUUGUCUGAAGGGACUAUUUUAUAUAUUUUUUUAAAUUAUCCAUUUUGUUGUGCAUGUAGAAUACAUAGAAGCAAGCAAUGCCACAACAGCAGUUGUUAGCAUAGUUAUCCACAUUCGGAAACAAUUGUGGGCAUCCAACUUUGCACAUUAAAGGUCAAAAACAAUACCAAGUGCCUUGGAGAUCAAUUAUUAAUAAUCCCUGGACAGACACUUUAUAUUGUGAGUCCCUAGUAUAAGGAUAUUAGAGAGGUAUAUGGUAGAUUAAGUGUAACAAAAGAGGCUACAUAAAUGGCAACACUAUUGCAAAGUCCAAAGUCUACCAAUUGGUUGCAAUUUUUGAGAUCUGACACAACACUAGAUAUACUUCAAAAGUAACUGUUAAUUUAUAACAAUUAAAGGGAUUAUCCUAAAAACAUCAGUUUUAAGCCAGAGUCUGGCACUUAGCCUGAAACAAUACCAGGGUAGCUUGUCUUUAAAGGACCACUCUAGGCACCCAGACCACUUCAGCUUAUUGAAGUGGUCUGGGUGCCAGGUCCUUCUAGGGUUAACCCAUUUUUUUAUAAACAUAGCAGUUUCAGAGAAACUGCUAUGUUUAUGAAUGGGUUAAGCCUUCCUCCAAAUCCUCUAGUGGCUGUCUCAUUAACAGCCGCUAGAGGCGCUUGCGUGCUUCUCACUGUGAAAAUCACAGUGAGAGCACGCAAGCGUCCAUAGGAAAGCAUUAUGAAUGCUUUCCUAUGAGACCGGCUGAAUGCGCGCGCAUUUAGCCGACAGGGCGGAUCGGAGGAGGAGAGGAGGCAGCUCCCCGCCCAGCACUGGAAAAAGGUGAGUUUUUACCCCUUUCCCCCUUCCAGAGCCGGGCGGGAGGGGGACCCUGAGUGUGGGGGCACCCUCAGGGCACUAUAGUGCCAGGAAAACGAGUAUGUUUUCCUGGCACUAUAGUGGUCUUUUAACUUUCAACCAAAUCUGGACGUCAGAAUGAUUCUUACAUUAAAGACAGCAAUCUCCACUCUACUAAAUGCUGCCAUAGAUACUGUUGACAUUAGACAAAUAACUCCCUUCCCCCAUCUCCUGGGGGUGCUCCUGAAAUCGGUGGCAGGGGCUACAGAACCCUGCCUAUAUCUCUCGGUAGAGAGAUUAUAACCUUGUAAAACUCCUGAUUAGGUAGACAAACCUAAAAAUAGAAGAGGGCAUUAAAACACACCAACUAUUAUUCUUAUGCCCAAGUGCCAAAUGUGAGAAAGGAAAAAAAAAAAAAAGAAAACAACAAAGAAACAGACAAAGCCCCAGAUGAAGGUGCAGUUUAGUGCUGAAACGUGCCUUGGGUGUUUUUUUUUAAUAUUGUGCACGGGAGUUUUUGUAGUUGCGUUUGUUUGAAUGUCCAAAUAGCAAAGUCAAACGCUGUUUCAACCGGUCUCCUAAAGACCAUCUGAUUGGUGCAACACAGUGCUUUGCCAUGCAUGCUCACUAGCCUUCCAAUGCAUUACUUUUGGAAACUCGAAGACAUGAAGGUGGGACUAGUUGCGGAGAGAGCAACAAAGCGUUUCGAGAAAGGUUAGUGAAAUAUCUUAUAAUGCACUUGGAAUGGGGUGGUCAUCUAAAAGACAAGUGGGGAGACGCACAUUGAGGCAGCUCUGCACACUUGCCCUCUAAUCAUCGGCUAAAUCCUGGUACCAGCCCUGCGAUCGAGCGCAUAAAGGAACUAGUCAGCUACCCAAUUAUGGGGGAAAAGUCAAAGAACAGCGAGCGGACCCAGGCAUGAGUUCCCAAGAUAUCGGAGUAGUCCUCCGCACAACCCCGCGGCCGGAAUCAACAAAGAUGGCACCUGCUAAGGCCUACACUGCAAUGUCGUCUGAGGAGGAUAGGGACACACCUGAUAUCUUACCUCCGCCUAGGGCAAGCACGGUACCUCGGACACUUGCUGAACUCUGCCCCAUCCACCAAAGCAGACAUUAAGGCUUUAAUGGCAGAAAUUUAAACAGUUUAACGAAGAUAUGGCUCCGGUUAGGGAGGCAAUUACAACACUAACAAAUUGAAGGCAGUGAGGGCACCAAACGGCUACUGACGCCGCCAUAAGUGCACUGCAAAAACAAAGCGUGGAACAACAGGUGCAAAUAGCCACCAUGGAGGACAAGGCCUGAGCACGGCACCUGAAAAUGCGGAGAGUACCUGAAACAAUCUCAAGUGCAGAGCUCCCCCACCCACUAUUGUAGGAGACUGAUUGCCACUCUGCUGAUGCCGAAGCAGGCAAAACAAAUGGCCGUGGACUCCUGCUUUUGCCUCACAAAGGCACCCAGCGCAGCUCAAGAUGCACCCAGGAAUGUUCUGAUGACGCUAAUGCAGGACUCUGACCAUGGAGUACUGAUGGGGACUGUGAGAGGAUCUCCAACGGUGACGUUCAAGGGGGCACAGCUAGCAUUCUUUCGGGACUUCUCUAGGCAUACCCUGGUAUGGCACAGAUCCCUUUAAGCAAGUAACCCAACUACUACAGGAACAAAUGGGGCCCACACCGACUAAUAGUUGACAAGGUUGGCAAGACACAUCAGAUGGCGCAUCUCUCAGAACCAUCAACUUUCUUCCAGGCCCCAGACAUAGCGCAGAACAUUUCAGCAGCUGAUCGCCCAUCGUAGAAUAUUGCGGUAGUCGCCCCGUUUGGGCCCAGAAGGGGAGUGCUUGACACACACACCCUACCCACCUGAACUUUGGGGCAUCAGGCAAUUGUGUCUAUUUUAUGCAAUGUGUCCAUAUGUUAAAGUUGCUCUGUUUACUUUUGUUAUUUAUUAAUGACCACUCUGUUUACACCCUGGCUCCAUAAGCCACUGAUAUGGCCAGUUGUUAAGUCCUUUCCCCACCCUUAAUCUAACGUGCAAGGAAACUGCAAUGCACAAGCAAAGUACUGCAUGCUCGGCUACUGUACCGACCUUCUGAAUAGGUAUACAUACUUAUACACCUCUAGCUAUAGAAGGCACCUACACUCUCCUCCCACCCCAUAUAUGCCUUAUAUUAGCCCAAGUUUAACAGCACACCUAUGAUAAGUUCCAAAGCAUGAAGCCCACUAUCUGCACCCCUCUAUAUAUAGCUUGCCUUACCUCUCAUAGAUGUGCGAGGGUGCCUAGCCACAAAAAUGAGAUGAACCCAGCUAUGUGCUAUCAAUGUUAAUGUUUCCAGCAUGUACUUCUCUGAUUCGCAAGUCAUGUUAUCUGCAAGAAUAAAUACUUUUUUUUUUUUUUUUUUUUAAAGACAAGUUGGCAUAUUUCUAAUGCUAAAAUGUUCCUUUUAAUGUUUUUAAGGAUGUGGUAUAUUUAUUUUUAUUGAACACCAAGGAUCCACAUCUUAUAUUUUCACUCUAAUAAGUUUUCUUCUCUUUUUUUAGUACUGCAAGUGCCUCGCCUUAGAACAGCCUUUUCAGUUUUCCCAAGAAGACAUGCCUCGUGUCAGGAAAAGGAUUUACAAAGAAUUGUGUGAAUGCAGGCUCAUGGAUUGAAAAGCUGCUCUGUUUCCUCAUUUUGAAUACUUCCACAACUUUGAAACAUGACUUUUGAAGGGUGUUUUAUCCCUCCAUUGUUACCUCAGCUGUGUUUUUUUUUUUUCUUUACAAUUUAUUUUUUUUAUUUUUUGCUUUUCUUGGGAUAUGAAGUUGGUCAGCUGUGGGACUUCAACAAAAUUGCCAUGAGCAUUCAUGACACCAUUUUGUUCCGUGUAUUUAAUAUUUAUUAUGUUAGCAUGCAAAUAGGCAAAAAAAAGCAUGCAGCAGUAAGAACUGUAGAUUUGAUGCACCUUCGACUUGUAGAUAGAAAUUACAAAACAGAAAUAUUUCAUUUUGUUUAUAUAAAUAUAGCAGGUAUCCCCUUUUUUUUUUUUUUUUUCUGCAAUCUGGCAAUGUCUGUAUAAAAUUAUAUCUACAUUUAAAGGAAAUCCCUGUGAAAAUCGGAUUAGGGAAGCUCCAUUAUGACGAGACACCUUUUUUUUUUUAUAAUCCUGCAUAUUGUCACUUUCUAUUAUUUGACAUUUCAAAACCAAUAUUAAUCUGUGCAGGUUUGGGCAGAUGUUCAUUGCAGUAACUUUGUGAGCUAAGGCUAAGCCAUGCUGCCGCCGAUGAUGCCAUAUUUCCCUAUCUGACACAUAUAGAACUGGAUAUUUCUGUUGUCCUUUUAUGAAAGUUUGUUUAUAAUGGAGAAAAAAAAUUGGGAAGCAAUUUAAAGUGAUAGGUUAUUUUCAGCAUCACACAUCUGAUCAGAUCUGUCAUUUAUGAUUUAGUCAUGGAAAAUUAGAACCAUGUUCAGUUUUGUUACUUGAAUCAAACUUGGCUUUAAAAUCUGAUGCAGCCGUGUAUGGUUUUUACUUUAAUACUUGGAGGUUGAAAUAGUUAAACCAUAGACCUUCUUCAAACACAAGUAGUGCAUCAUUGUUUAAAUCCUCUGAGGCUUUCUUCAUUACAGCCAAUUGGUAUUUGCCCAUAUAUACACUAUGAUGGCAUUAGAUUCUACAGCAAUUUACUUGCCUGCCAAUUGCACUGUGUUCCAUUUUCUGGUUACAUUAGGCUCAGAGAUUAAAGGUGUCCUUGAUUUAUUUUGCUUGGAUUCAACAUUGAAACGGUGCAGCCAUGUUUUCUGUUCUCAGACAUAAUCCUAUAGAUACACAAUUGUGCAUACAUACAUUAUUAUGCAACCUUAUCCCAUGGCCUUCUGGUUUGUCUCAAUAUGUACACAUUUACUGGUAUUUUAUUUAUUUUUUUUCUCAUGUAUAUAAAGGGAA